AUGGCUGUCAAUAGAAAAAUACUAGACGAGAAUAAAAUGCAAUGUAAAUUUGGUGUGAAUAUGAGUAUUUCUUCUAAAUCGAGAUAUAAGAGCGGCAGAUUGAUAAUGAGAAGUGAAGAACGGCUUUUUGAAAACGAUGGUUUAGACACAAAGCAGAUCUUAGAGAGAUUACUGGAGAGAUUUGGAAGAAAAAAGACUGGAAAAUUCACUGAGAGGCGGAAAGCAGGCUUCAAGUCAGGAUGUAAAAGCCAAGACCUUCGACUGAAAGUAUAGGAUGUCGUGCGCGCGCCGACGGGCGCUGCAUAGAGCCAGCAAAGGGGAAAGCACUACCCUUUAAUCCCAUUAAUUCCGCCACUGCUUUAUUUUUGCAGUUUUUCUCUGUUUUUAGCCACUUGUAAAGUAGCAAUAUUCUUAACAACGGGAUACAUCCACGUCUUAAUCGCAGUUAAUCCCGGCCAAACAAAACACAUACCAGUUAGUAACUAAGUAAACUAACCGACCGACGGGUCACGGAGGAUUACAUUAACAUCCCCGGCAUUUAAAGGCUUUUCAUUCUGUAAGGUAAUUGAAUAUUUCCGACUAACUCAGCGCGUGAGGAUUUUCCUGUUAUUAGCCGGCUUGUGCAUAAUCUUUAGUCAAGGCCAAUUGGAUUUCCCCGAAAGCAUUUUAACCAUCUAGUGAGAUUAAUUUUCGUGGUUUGACCUCUCGCGUAAUUUGGAAAGUAAAACCAAAAAGCGAUAGCACUGGUUUAACUUGAGGUUUACUUCCCGUUAUUACUUUUGAGGCCAUCCACUACCGGAACAUAAACAUUGCCAUUCCAAGCCUAAACAACCCUUCACUUCCUCGCGGAGAUACUACACAAAAUAUCGGUGUGUCUCACAGAAUUGCGGUGUUGAAAGGUAGAUUGUGGUCAAUUUGACGUACCCCAGUUUCAUAAGCUCUAUCUACGUAGAAAUGGUCAUGAGACGGCUACCCUGUGCCUUCUGGUUCUUUGCUUGGUUUCCGAUUUUUUCAUUGAUUUCUGGGAACAGCAAUGCGGCUGAAAUAUCAUUUCGUGAUAGCCAACAAGGUUAGUAUGUAAUAAUGCUUUUCACUGACUUUUAAUGAUCUUUGCGCGGUUUCUCUACUAUGCAUUGCAGUGCUCCCGGUUGUCACUGUAAAAACUAUAAUAUUUGAAUUUACACAGCUAAUCUUGCCAGACUCUUGCACGAGUAUGAAAUUGUUUACCCUCAAUUGACUACAAAAAGUGGCUUGUCUUUGAACAACAAACUUGAAAGUGCUGUUGAAGAUGAAAGACUGUACCUAACAUUUUGGGCCUUCGGUGAGGAAUUCCGGCUUGAUUUGCGGAAAAACCACAAACUUGUGGAUUCAAAGUUCACCAGUGGAAGCUCAGAUAAUUUGCAUCAUCGUCAGACGGUAUCCCGAAAUUGCUAUCACAUUGGAACUGUCCGGUUUCGUUCAGAAUCAAGCGUUGCCAUCAGUAGCUGUCAUGGCUUGGUAAGACCUCUGAUAUAUAUCAUGAUUUAUUUGUUUUUAUUGCGUGAAAGAGAAUAGUUUCCCUUCUAACCUCUCUCGAGUUACACCAGUGAGGUCCUUUCAAAAUUUGUUGAUACCUCCCAUUUCAAUUAUCGCGUAAUAAAAGAGCUGAUAGCGUUUAUAUGACAUAUUUUCGAGAUUUUUUUUGUCUGGCUGCUCCCAAGGUCAUCUUUGUGGAUCUCAAUAUGCUACCGUAUACCGUUCGUGUCGCUCUCAAAACUGAUAGUAACGCUCCUGGUAACGCAUCUCGUCAUUUAAGCGAGGAAAGGCUGGUGCAAAUGAAUGAAGAGAAGCCAAAUUCAAAUUAUCAAGACCCUCCCCUUUGUGAAGCACAUUAAUUUUUGCUUUACUUCACCCCGCUUUCUUAAUGUUAAAGGGCAGGUAAAAUGUAUUAGAUGCAAAUUUUUGCCUAUCCAGUUUGAUAUUAACGUUCAUUGUCAUGCACCUAUCAAUGUAAUGCCGGCGGGGGGGGGAGGCAGGGCAUAGGGUGGGGAUUUGACUUUUUUCAAAAAUUUGCAAUCAAAUUCCCUGCCCACGGGCAAAUCAUUCCAGUCAAAUGCAACCAAAUUUCCCCACCCCAGGCUGCACAUUGCUGUCAAUCCCAAGACAGAACCUAAGAAAGGCACAAUAAAAAUAUCUCCAAAUAAAACUCUGCAAUCUUUUAUAAACGUUCUGCAUCACCAAAGAUACAUGUUCCUGUUACAGCUGCAAUUAUACCUUUUAACCAUAAUCCGUGUUACACUGCGUAGAAUACAUAAACCUUUAGGAGAAAGUCCACAUUUUGUAAGUCUAACUAUACCGUUCUUAGUAAAGGGUACAAAGAAAGUCAGUUUUAUAAGUUUACAGUGAUUGUAGCGAAUGAGCCAUACACUAAUCAAUUGUACUUGCAAAAAUCGACUUGGUUUCUCUUUACUUCCGUUUACUUUGAUACCACAGUAUAUUAAGAGGUUCAAUUGAUCAAAAACACGCUAAAACAAACAAAAUUUGAAGACAAAACAGUGAAAUCCACUCAGCCUUCGCUUGUUCUCAUUGGCCUCCAUGACUUCCUGAUCUUUUCAAACCGUAUGGCGCACGUGUGAAGCGUGGAAGCGGGAAACAUAUGUUCGGUCUCAGUCUUUUUCGUCUGACUCGGCAGUCAAAUAUCUCCACGUCGGGCGAAGAAAGAUUCAAAUAUCCCUUCCCCCGGGAGAACAAGAUCGGUCAAAUGCCCUACCUCAGGGACAACAAAGACAAUCAAAUCCCCACCCCAUGCCCUGCCUCCCCCCCGGCAUUACAUUGAUAGGUGCAUCAACCUCGCUCGCCAAGGUUCUCUCCUUCUCUGUGCUCCGGGGGACAAGAAGGUGAGAACCCUGGGAACGAAUCUACGCUCGUUCGAGUUACUGUUAUUAAAGAGACCAUCUUUGAAUGUCAAAGGACCAUAAUAGGCGUGCAUAAAUGUAUGUUACAACUUCUUUUUCCUUACUUUCUCAUUGAAUACUAUCCGUUGUCCCUCCCCAUAUUCCUCAUAUUCCUCACACACAUCUUAGACCAGUCCCUAGCUGACGUAAACGACAAGGGUAAACUUAGCCUGAGUAUCAGCCCUUCCUAAGGGGCUAUGGGAGAGGCGUUUUUAGAAACAGAAACUCCUGAUACUCAGGCUAGGGUCCCGUGGCUUGGGUAAACUGAGAGCAGGCGCAGUAAGCUGGUUUAUAGUUAUGCAAUAGGUCAAAGUAGUUGAAAUUAGAGAAAGAAUAUAAUUAUAUAAUACUAAAGUUAUUACAAUUAGCUUAUUCUUUUCAAACGCAGAUGGGACUGCUACAGACAAAGGAGGAAGAUUAUUUUAUAGAGCCUAUGGCCAGAAUGGAGAGGCAACCUCACAUGUUUUACAAGCGGUCUACCCUUCUGCGAUUGAUGUCACAAAACUCCUCUCUUUCUCGAGGAUGCGCGCUCAAAUCCUCUUUCCCUCAAGGUACAGCUGUUACUUCCUCUUGUCUGACUUGUCACUAAUUUCUACCAUGUCCAUAUGUUCAUUAGCCUCCCCGCAGAUGUCGUUCGCCACGCAUUCAUUUCCCCCACGGUGGGGGAGAAAUGAAUGCGUGACGAACGAACCCCAAAGGACGUCUGCGGGGAGGCUAUAUGUUCAUAUGCCUGUUCCAGCAGGCGUUCAGCUAGUGAGGACGGUGCGAAGGAAAGUGUUUCUUCCGCACUUCAUUUCGCGCCGAACAAUCCCGUAAUUGAAACGCAUGGAACAAGCCAAUUCUCGUCUCCAGAGCCUCCUGGAGGCACAAGAGGUUCGGGUUCAGGCCUCCAGAAGGCUCUGGAGAAGAGAAUGGGAACAGGGAACAGCUAUGCAGGUUACAUGUUCAUUAGAACUCAUUUAUUAGGACUGAAAGUUUUUAAAAUGGGCUUGCUCAUUCCCUUUUCCCCCAAUAAACGUUUAACCUUUUGUCAAGUUUGGAACACUUGCUGGCGAAACACGAGGACUUUUCGACUUAAUAAGACAAGUACUCUGAGUGUUUUGGACAGCUUCAAAAGCAUGUCCCAGGUGUAUUGUAUUUGUAUAGGUAAUAGCAUGAAUUGCAGUGAUAUUUUGAAAUUGUUAUACGUAAUUUUACGAGCCUUUAGGCGAGUGAAAUUUUAGUCAAUUUUGAAAUAUCACGAGUAGUAUUUAUGCCAAAUGUCACGUACAAAUUAUGCUAUUAUUUGUUUAUACUACUACCCGCAAAGGGUUUGUAAUUUUCACAUCUGGGUAUUUCAAAUUAAGCUGAAAUACCACUGCUCUAAGCCAAUCAAAUUGCAGAAAUUUCUCAUGUAGUAGUAUAAUUCCUUAUGUCGCUUAGUGUAUUGUUCUUUAAAAGCAUGAUGUUUUAUUCGAAAAACCAAAAUAACAAAGGUUAGUAAACUACAGUUAUGCCGGGAUAAAAUUUAGAACUGAUGCAUACAGUUCAAGCGUCUGACUUGCCCUCAGAAUCCCGCUAUUCAAAGGAAGAGUCCAUAGUUAAGAACCGUACGGGGAAAAGAAAUUGCUUGCAGAGAGUGUCACUAUAUAUCUCCUCAACACGAUGUGGUGGGAAUUAGAAAUGUUGAGGAAUUACAGACGGGUAAGAAUUGCUUGCUACUAUGUAGCUAUGUAGAUUUAAUACCGUUUUCAAUUGGUAAAGGAUCAUCUUGUUCAUUGGACUGCUUUUGGUGUUUUCGGCUUUAAAAAAAAUAGCACUUCGUUUGAAACAAGUUUUGACCGGUCGGCAGUUUUUCUGCUAGUUUUGGCCGGCUUCAUAUGUAUCUUUACACAGCUUCUGUAGAUUUAAUGUUGAAUUUUUCUACCUUUUGACUGAAUUGUGUAUUAGGUGAGAACGAACUUUUCAUCCUUAUUAGCAUAAAUUGUUUCUGUCAGUCUUUGCAUCCCGAGGCCUGAGGCUAUAAAAUUCAAAUUUGCAGGUGAUUAAAUUGACCAUUGCAGAAAAUACCAUAACAUGCCAUAAUGCUCUUUGUUUGUCACCCCAAAAUUUUUCUUGAAGCAUUGUUUUCAGUUUCUCUUAACUAUUUUAACUCAUUUUAACUUUAACUCAAUUUUAACAUUCUUGGCGGCCAUUUUAACUCCCAAGAGAAACUGAAAACAAUCGGCUUAAGCAAAAUUUUUGGGUGACAAACAAAGAGCAUUAUGGCAUGUUAUGGUAUUUUCUGUAGUGGUCAAUUCUUGCAUUCGUGCAUUCUAUUGGACAAUACUUCGAUCUGUCAACCGAAAAACGCUCUAACGCACUGCUGCCAUUUCAUUCGACUGACAGAUUUCAUCCAGUUUAUAGAGGAAUAUCAUAAUUGGAUCUUACUGCAGUGAGCUUGUGAAUAGCAUGUAAACGGCCCCAGACAUUCCAGAAUAUCGAAGAAUGGCGUUAUCCCAAUUUUGUUCAACUUUUUGGAUACCUCGAAAAUGGCGGGUUUGAUGGUCGUGAAAAUUAGAUGUAAGGCUCGCUCCAAACCUCGGAUUUCGCAUUUCACAUGUACCGAAUCUAAUGCAAAUGAGCGAGAGCACAUUGAUCAGCUUCUCAUCAGCAUUAAAAUCGGCACAUGUGAAAAGCGACGUGUGAACCAAGCGUAUGAUUAAUAGUGGAAUCCUAAGCAUCAUGCACAUUUAUAACAGUGGCGUUUCUUCGCCGGACUUUUUAUUAGUUCAGUUUGUUUUUAAGAUGGAAGGCAAUUCCAAACGGCAAAUGCGACGACCUUACACGUACGCUGAUAAGAAUACUCCCGUCUGCUUAGUUUUUGUAGCUUGGUUUUGUUGUUGUUGUUUUCUAAAAUGACCAUGAUUAUUUUAACUAAUCACAAUAGCUUUAAAGGCGUUAAGUAGAGAGGAAAUGAAAUAUACCUUGACAAAUUUCAUAAAUGCCCUCUUUACUUAGCCCCUCUAAUAGAAUCUUUGACAAAAUCGCAACUUGUUUAAAUGGAUGUUUUCUCCUAGCAGGUCAAAGAGCGUCAAAGAAGAGCAAACGGCAAAUUAAGAAGGACUUUUUCUAUCGCCAACGUCGAUCAUCAGAACCAGAAGCCACUAUUCAACUUUUAGUUGUUGUUGAUAGAGAAAUGAUUGUUUUCCACAGCAACGAGUCGAUAGAGGAAUAUGUAUUGACUGUUAUGAAUAUGGUAAGUAACCUUUUGCUUGAAAGAAACACCGCACCCUUUCAACAAAAAUGCCCACGACUCUCACCUCUGUCAUAAAUAAGGCAAUACUGCAAAAUGGUGAUUAAAUUAUUCGAGGCCUUCUACAUAUUAAAAACUAACCUUGAGUUUGAUUUUAUCCCUUAAUGAUGACUACUGUGCUCACAGCUCUUCGAAGAAAUAUUUACUGAUCGACUUGCCGUCUGUAUAUUCCCUAGGAAUUUACAACUGCUCAUUGCUACAUAACUGCAAAAAGCGACCAAUUUUUAAAUCCUUAUCAGCCCUAAAACUGCAGGUUUACAUUUCAGAAAUGAUGUGAGAAUCCACCGCCCGUUUCGAGAAACGGAGUCAGCUCAAUUCCCUACCACAGAAGGGAUCGUUUGGGUAGACAAGCGUUGCUUAUGACUGAUUAAUGGUUGCCUGGAAUACUAUAGACCAGGCAUAAAGAACAAGAUCCCAGAAAUCACUGCGCCCAAGCUUGUAACCAUUCUCCCUCGGGUUUUUGAACUGAGGAAUUAAACGUUCUGACAGACUAUUUCUCUUCAGUUUUUCUUUUUUGUCUAACGUGAUCUGAGCCCAAGGUAGAUGGCAGAGCUAGAAUAACAAAGUAACAGUUUACGCCUUUUUUUAUUUUCCAGGUUGCUGAUUUAUUUCGCGAUCCAAGCAUAGGAGCGAAGAUUAACAUUGAAGUCUCCAAGCUUAUGCUUCUUCAUAGUAUGCCAGUAAGCCAGAGAGGUUCAUUCAUACACAUUAUAAUACCAUUUAUAUUGUAUAAUCCCAUCCCCGCCAAACGUUCGCAACUUCUCCUAUGUACAGUCGACCCAGAGAAACUUGCAGACUGGGAGGUAAACUAUUAUUGUGUGCAAGGUGAAAAUGAUGAAUAAUCGCUUUUCACGUUUGCCGUUUACUCGUAGAAGCGUGAAUCCGAAUUUAAGACCUCGCGAUCUAUGUGACAUGCCCGGAGAUUUUGAAUCCAGAAUCUUACGUGAAUUCCUUUUAUCCGAAUGACUUGUUCUCGGACUAACCAAUGCGUGUAAACGACUGCGAAUCCAGAUGCCCUAGAUGUUAUUUAAACUUGAAACAUUUAUUAACCCGGAGAAAUCUUCUCUUGUUUUAUACUAUCCUUAACCUAUACUUAAGAAACCCUAAGUAUGGAUGCGCACGCGUAGCUACAGGCAUGAAUUCAUACUUGCAUGCAUGCAUGUACAUAGCCUGAGACCAUGCCCUCUCCCUAUUAUCCCUUUAAGACCCUGUUUACAUGGAGUGGGGGACCCCGGUCUAGUGGGGUAAGUUUGUUUUGUUUUGUUUCCCCCAGAGCGUGAAAACAAAUGAAACCAACCCCACUAGACCGGGGCCCCCCACUCCAUGUAAACAGGCCCGAAGUCUCUCAAGGGAAGAGGGCAUGAUACAUUUCUUUGUCGGAUCACAUGUAAAAAAGCCAGAAUCUGGACUUUUUUCAGAUUGGAUAGGAAACAAUACGGAUGAUUUGCGCUGUUCCAAUUGGCCAAAAUGCCGCCAUCCGUUAGCUGUUGUUGAUUUCAGUCUGCAUUUCUUGCUUGCGUCAUGAGCAGUGAAUACACACGCGAGUUCGUUAUAAAAUUUCUGCCCGGCUCAGUUUUCUUGAAUUUGACGAAUGCCUAAAUAGAAAUUUCAUCCAUUGAAAUAUUUUCCAUCUCAUCGUAUACUAAAAAUUUGGAGUAUGUCCAAAUGUCGCGGGUCGCGACUCGCGGGUAGAGGUCGCGGGUGCGGGUGCGGGUGCGGGUAAAGGUCGCGGGUAAACAUAAAUCACCAAAUUUAACAUUAAAUUGUUAAUAAAAUAAAGGAAAAUUUGAUUAUCUUUCAAAGAAGAUUUGCAAUACUUUAAAGCUAACUAAGGGCGAUACAAAGGAAAAAGUCACUAAAGAAAAAUCCACAUGAUUAAAACUAAAUAGCAUUGGCUAGUUAAAAUUGCACUAAGUAACCGAGCUAUCUGCGUUUGGGAUUUGUUGGGGAGGAGGUUAAAGUUCUGAUAGAGAAAAGAAAAGUAUCAGUGGAUAUGUGAUGACUUGUCUUGGUGGUUGAUUCAAAAAACCUUCCGGGGAUUUCACCCACUCCCCUACCUUGUACGCCCAAGGGUUUAAGGGUACUAAUUUGCAAUAUUACAAAAAAGUAGUUGGCCCUUUGCUGACCUCUAUAUUACCUAUAUGUAGCAGCGAAGUGUAUUGAAAAGGGAGUGUAAAAAUUCAGUGCCCGCCUUAAACAGCCGUAACCCUAUCGGACUGAAAAACUAACUUUAACUAAUACUUAUUUUUUCUUUUUCUGCAAAUCAAGACAAUUGAAAUUAAUUUUUGUCGCAUAAAUGGGUAAUCUCUCAAUAGGUUUUUUUUAUCAUUACCAUGUUGCGAGUGAUCAGUCUUAAAUCUUGUUUCCUCCAUGCCUAGUACAUUUCUAUCUUCAUUUUUGAGGAAAAAUGGAAAAAUCAAAAUUUCUUCAAGACCCCCCUUCCCACCCCAAGACCUGAAAAUGGCAAGUGAAACCAGAGUUUAGCGCUGUGAUAGUAAAAGAAAUGGUUUUUACCCUAUGUAUAUAUGAUUCAGAAGACACAAUUUGGUUCAUCAAAAAUACAGCUUUGACUUUUUUUUUUGCACUAAAUUAGACUUGAGUGUACUUAAUUCCUCAGCAAAAAGUAUGAAUUGAGAGUCGUCAUUCGUCGUUCGUGCUCAAUUUUGGGGCGGUAGCACGAAAGAAUUUGCCAUCCUGGUAAAAAGAAUUUUUCCCACGUUACUGGCGGCUUGAUCACGGCAACAAUACCCGUGCAAGUGGGUAAAACUUUCAUAGUUCUGAUUUCACACUGACAAAAAGGAAGAACAUUUGCAGGUUUACUUCGAUCGAUUCUUUAUCCUGAUGGAGUCCGAUAGUUCCGUUGCAUUUUUGGGGGCCAUACGAUUAGCGCUGAUCGUAUGGCCCCCAAAAUAUAACAACACGCAAUAACAUAUGUAUUAAGACGGUUCUUAUAAAGUCCGUUUACAGCAUAGUUAUUAUUCAUUCUUCGGAAGUUUUACGUACGCAGAAAACGUGUUAUAUAUGCUGUUCUUUGUCAGUUGUAUUCAUUCCCUGAAGAAGCCCCAGUAGGAGACGAAACGUGUCGGAGAUAAACGAAAAAGCGUACAACUUCCUUUGUGCUGCUAACUCAGGGGCGGAUCCGGGAUUUUUUUUAGGAGGGGGUGCACUCGUCUCUUGCUCUACUUCAACAACAAUAAACCACUUAGUGUUUCUUUUUUCGCAGAAUACCAGUUGUAUUAGAAAACCGCAGGUCAUCUCGGGGGGGGGGGGGCGCACCCCCUGCACCCUCCCCCUAGAUCAGUCCCUGUAACUAGUCUUCUUUAAGAAAUUUUAAAAAAAUAAUUUGUUUUGUUGUUUAUUUUAGUCUUUCUGUUAAAUUUCGUGAUUAAUUUUUACCCGCGACACUUACCCGCACCCGCGACCUUUAUCCGCGCCCGCACCCGCGACCUCUACCCGCGAGUCGCGACCCACGACAUUUAGACAUACUCAAAAAUUUGCAGUCAAAAAUUCACCGAUCAUUUGAAUGCAAUUUGAUACCGGCUACAAGUUACAGAGGCGACAAACGGGUUCACUUUUCAAAUAAUCAAUUCAUGAAUGGAAUCUUGACCUGGUUUGACUGUAAUCCCUCCUUCAGAAACCUGCGAAUUAUUCUGAGCGAUCUUCACUUUCACAACACCUUUCAGUUCGUAAAAUAUGGUGCUUCAGCCUAAUUUUUUUUUCACUGCUUUCGGCACAGAACGAAGUCAACGAACUUCAACCAGUAAAUUCUUUAUUAUUUGUAGCUCUUAAAGAAAGGUACGGCAGCUCCAGCUAGCAGUAUUUGAACACAUUUAAAAUUCUUUUUAGGAAGCGCCAUCUGAACAUGGACGUACUUAAAAAUUUUCUUUUCCCUAAAAUUGAUUUUAAAAGAGAUAUUAUUCGCGCCAAAAUUUGAUUCCCGUAUGGUAAACGCUUAUUGGCUAAUAACAUGACAGGUCAAGGAGACGUUAGAUUAUGUAAAUUAGGGGGCGGUUAACGGUUAAUGUAUCAGGCGUUAUUUUUUUCCUCUCUCGAGCCAAAGAAACAAAGAAGCAAAAAAAAAAAAAACGCCUGAUCUCAGGUUAGCAUGUACAUGAAUCCAGUCACCACUGAUAAACUCAAGUUACCAUUUUUUGCGGCCUUUCAUCACCUUGAUUUUUUGGGUAGUAGACACUCAUUUUGCACUCUUUUAAUUUGCGAUAGAAAGGAUUGUCAAUCACGUACCAUGGUGACAGAACAUUGGAAAGCUUCUGUAAAUGGCAAAGAUGGAUUACAGAAGACAAAUCCAGUGUGAAUCCAAGCUAUGAUGGAGCAAUACUACUAACAAGGUGAUAUGUUAUACACUUAAUGUCAGUUCCCCGGGAAAUAGUUCGUCUCGGGAAACAUCAGGACUCGAGGGAAAACAAAACUAACUGGUUUCCCCAGGGAACUGACAUUAAGUGUUUUGUUACAUUCCUAGACUUUUACUUCAACAGUGACAAAGAAUUAAGGAACGAAUGAAAACAAUCUCAGUACUUAAAAGAACGCAUUUAAUUCAGAUCUCUGAAUGAAUUACUUACAAAGUAUAUGAAGAAGUAGUUUCUAGACUUAACCCAUUCGCCCCUGAACCGCCCGUAACCGCCCGUGCGGAUCCAGGUCCUUUCUACCCUUUGUGACGUCAUCAGUUUUAACGGUCAAGGACAACUUUUUUCCCUAACUUGUGCAGGGUGAAGAGAUCUUUCAAACCAUACCAGAAUGAGCACAAUUCAGUCAAGGACACCGGAGAAAGAAGCAAAAAACCACGUGACAAGGACCUGAAAAUCUCCAUGAAAAUCUUGUUCCAUUACCCACCUACCUUUCCUUUCACCUAAUCCUAAGAUCCUAAAAGCUUUCCUAAAAACUCUUCCCACCAAAAUGAAGCCUACUAAAUGCCCAGCAAGAGAAAAAAAAAUGAGGCAAGAAAAGCGAAAAAAGAAGGGAGGAGAGAAAGCGGAAGGUAAAAGUCAAGACUGCUGUGUCGAAAUUUUGCUUUCUACGCAUGCCCGAACUUCGUAAGCUGAUAUUUUGCAUCUGGAUCAGAAGGCCGCCAAGUGUACGACCUGUAAACUGGUUUGUGGUAAGUUUUGGCUCUUUAUAGCACGACAGUGACCAGAAAACCACUCGACUAGCUUCAAAACGCGUUUUUCGGCAAAAUCUCCAGGAGCGAAUGGGUUAAAAGCUCAAUAUUGAGAUUAUAAGGUCAAAGAAAAUUCACUUGGAAUUACUUUUAUAAAAAUUUAUAGUAACAGUUCAGUGCUCCUCAAAAUGCGCAUGUGAUUAUUACAUUGAUUAUUGGUGUACUGAUAAGACAAUUGCAUUUUCUUCGCAAUGGAACUCAUUAACGUAGCUAGUGUAUUUUUUUCCGAGAGGAGCAUUACAAUACCAGACUUCAUCACGUUCGCUAAAACUUUCACGCGCCCUCGGCCUUUGCCACAAACACGACAAACUGGGAUUAAGCUGUGAUAAAUACAGUUCAAAAGUUUUUACUGGACAGUAUGGACUCCUUGGUCUUUCAUACAUACGGCCUUCACCUGGAGAAUCAUCUGGUUGAUACUUUCCCCUGUGAUUUUUGUCCAGUUCAUCAAGUGCUUGAUAUACGCAACCUCGUUCCCAGGGUUGUCUCCUACUCGCCCAACGCUCCGUAGGGCGGGAAGGAGAGAACCCUGGGAACGAGGUUGUGAUAUACGUACUUCUUACCAGUUGCAUCAGCCUACACGGCUUUGUAAGAGGAAGGAAAGUUUUUCUCCCUCGGUGAAUUAGGUGGACUAGAUGGAACAUGAGAUGAAACCAAACCACUUGCUUGAGGGAUUUAGAUCUGGAGAGGAUGGAUUGUAGCAAGACUGAAUUUUUUUCUAGAUCUUCCUUUGAUAUCGGCCUGUGGUGAUCAACUCUGCCAAAUCCUUGCCGCUUUAACCACAGGGCGCCCAGAAUCACAACAGCCUACUGAAAGCCAAAUUACAAGGAUUUGUAUGGAAAUUUAUCUUACGAUCGAUAAAAUGGUUAAAAUGUACAAAAACAGCUAUUAAAGUAUAUUUCUUUGUUGUUUUCUUACCGUUUCCUGCCCUAUAAACGCCAUUUUAGCAAGUUUUAAUGGUCUGGUUUCUCAACUAUUAAGGAAAAUACAAGGGAAAACUCGACUGUACUACGCUGCCAGAAGAAAAAGCUACAAAAAUCACAUUCAUUCCACUCGAACCGCUCCCAAACUUUACUUGAGCACAGAAUCUUGAUUUUCCUUUCCAGAAAAGGUCAAUUUAGUUCCAAACAUCAAGCCAUGGCCUCAAGAGGGCGAGAAAUGUCGAAAUUUGAACUUACGGCGUCCGUAACACCGUUCUUCCGCAAAGUGACCUACCGAUGCUUUCUUUGUAUUUUCUCAAUCUUUGGCCUCAACCAGUCCCUGUAUCUCUCUCAAACAGCUCAGUGAGCUGUUUGAAUCGUUUCCUUGCAGGGCCAGGCUCCAUAACGCUUUGAUCACGUGCAGUAAUGUAUCACGAUCGGGAUACAUUUGAUUUUAGUGAAGGUCACGUGACCAGGAAUCAACCAAUGACAGUCCCUGUUUAGUUAAGUGAAAGUCUAGGAAUAUAACAAAGUCUAGAUAUAUCCCUAGCUUAAAUAACGUGAAUGAAGCUUAUAAGUCUCCGUUAUAGGCCCAUCUACCUGUUAACAAACAAAAUACAUCCGUUUAAUAAUAAUAAGGCUUAUAAGCGGCAGUUUACGGUAUAACAGCAUUUGUGAUGGAAAGAGGAGAGCUCUCGUUGUUUACUAAUGUUUCGUUACAUCUUUUUCUUUUCUUUUUUUUUUGCGAAUAGAAAGAACAUCUGUACGAAUAGAUUUUCGACUUGUGACACCGUGGGUAUGAUUUUCUUCUUAUAUUUUUUGGGAGAGAGCAACAGAAAGAAACACGAAUAAAAAUAGAGCUUUUAUAUUGUUUCUUGAAUAGGGAUCGCUUUCAUGCACGGAAUAUGUGACCCGAAAAAGCGAUGCAGCGUAGUUCAAGACAGUGGCUUAAAUGUUGCCUUUACGGUGGCACACGAAAUUGGACACAAGUAAGUCAUUUAGAUUAGGCCAUCAUCAAGUUAUGUAUGAUAGAGUGUAGAAUGUGUUACGGGUGGUUUGUAGAAAAAGAAAAUGCAGUCUAACAGCUCCGUGAUUUUAAUGAAUAGCAUAUAUGCUAUUAUAUUUAAAGAGAUAAUUGGACAAAUUUGACGCUGGUUCUCGUGUAAAUUGCUAUUAGUUUAGGUGCAUAUCAUGAUGGCGAUGGCAAUGCCUGUCCAGACACCGCGGGGUCACCUCCUUAUCUCAUGUCAUCGCAAUGGCUGGUUAGGCACAGUCGUGGCACCAUGAAGUGGUCUCAGUGCAGUCGAGCCUAUAUCCACUCAUUUCUAAAGUGAGUACUGUCUUAUUUAAGUGUAUUACGGCUAUUCCACGUGGGAGGCCAGAACGCCUCAUUAAUUAAGCCAUUCUUUUCCUUUAGCUCCAAAGCAAGCAAGUGUCUAAGACAUAGAGCCAACAGGAGUUCAUUGCUCUUACCUACUCAGUACCCUGGAGUUGCAUUCACCGCUGAUGAACAGUGCAAACAGCAGUAUGGAAACAGAGCAGGUCACUGCAACAAAUACAAGGUACUCGAAAAACUUGUACACAUCCAUCUAGAUAAGUUUUAAGACCAGCGACCUUAAAGAUAGAGUCCGAGGGGGGGGGGGCGUUAAUAGGGAUGUGCCGGUGGAUGGGGUCGCAUUUUCAAUAGAGUUACUAGAAAGGGGUCACACAUUUUCGGAUUUUGGGGGGUAAGACAGUUCUUCACAUUUACUGUUAGCAAACGUACCAGAAUGUUUAUCAGUACUUGAAAAUUAAAGUGAUGGGAUCGGAAAAAUUGCAUAUUUGCUCAAAAGUGACUAAGAUGGGGUCUAUAAUUGGUCACAGAAUAGACUAUAAUGCGGUAGGGAACAUACACAGCAAAAAUCUACCCCAGUACCCACCCCCCCCCCCGGGGGGGAUAAAGUACUUAAUCCCAAAAUCAUGUGCUUUAUUAUUCAGAUUAUUAGUCGUUUUGGAGACUUUAAACUGAAACGUUGACUCUCAGUCAUGCUGUUCAAGUUCAGUAAUCUCACAUCCUUACUUCGUGUUAAUGGUGUUCUUGAAAUCUCAUGAACAAUUCAAGCACAGAAGGCAAAGCAGGUUUAACACCUGAUGUGACUUAAUAUUUACAGAACGUUUCGUUUCACAUCCUUAAGUAUUCUACUUUUCGUUUUGUACUAUUUCAAAUGGCUGAUUUCUGGUUACCUCGAAGGAGAAAUUGUGAGAUUUCCCCUACACUUCAGGACAACUUUCAGUUGUUUAAAUUUUAAGAAAAUAAUCAUGAGAAAACACGUAUCGUGUCAAUUUUGCCUAUUUACGUAUACCGUGAAAUGAUGUUUGAAUUAAUCAGCUUGAACAUAUUACACAGCAUGAUAAAUGGUUGAUUUAUUGUAGAAUUGUGAAAACUGUGAAUAAAUAUUCUCUUUAAAAUUUGCUAUGACGUGUCGAUUUUUAUUGCAGCCUGUACAGUCUGGAAGUAACCUGUCAUCUAAUUUAUCGAAUAUCAUUUUGUCUAGUAAAUUUGUGAACCUUAAAUUAGAGCUUGUGUGAUAAGGCAAAUACGUCAGAGAUCGUCAGAACGUGAGAAAGUAGUUAAAUACUAGAUAUGAUUGAGUUUACAAGGCUGGGCCUGUAUUCGGCGACAAAGAAGCUAGCAUGCAGUAAUUAAUUACGACUAGCCCACACAGUUAUACCAAUAUUGGUUUUUAUUAGCUUUUUUUUUUAGUUUUCACUUCUAAUAUCUAUUUAUUUUAUUCAUACAUUUGUUAAUGUUUGAAGAAAGAGAGUGCUCUUAUUGCUUCGAAAGAAGAGGAAAAACAAGAAUCAGCAUAGUUGAACUAGCCGGAAUUGCAGUUAUUUGAACUGGACUAUAGUGGUCACGGUGUGUUUUACCGGUUUUCUAAGGGCCAAGUCGCACUAGAGGACAAAACUGUUUAUUUAUGUCAAAAAUCUGUCAUCACAAUGAAAAACCAAGUGCGACCGGUUUGUUCACCAAAGGACAAAAUUUGGUCGCGGACGGACAAACCUCAAAGAUGCCGUCGACUACCUCUGGAGCAGGCCAAAUUGAGACAAAUUUUGGAAAACCAUAGCGAGGGUGUUUUAAUUCGGAAAUGAUUUGACAGGUGAUUUGUAGCAGAGUCUCUAUGCUAUAGACUUGUAAAAUUAAUCACGUUCUCAUUUCGCAACAACAUGAAUUCCGGCGCGGGCGACCAUUUUUUCCGUACGAAUAUUCACAAUAUCCACCAGGAUGGUGGAUCUAUCCUUUGCCAGGCCCUUACAUGUUUAAUGAUCGAGGAAAUCCCAUCUUCUUCGACCACGAGUACUGACUCGUUGCCAGAAUCCCUCCGGUUCAGCGAAGAUAGCUCAAUGCCGUCAUCAACCCCAUCUUCUUCGCGCCGUGCAUCUUCGUCAGCCGAGAACAAGAAGGCUCAGGACAGAUGGAGUAAAGAAGCUUUUAGUUCACUGAACUGUGGGCUGAAAAGCACGGUGUUGUGUUUUGUUCACAGAUUUUGUUCUUAAGUGCGACUGUAGCUUUCCGGACAAAUUUUUUGUCGCUGGCCGAUUUCAAGUCGGAUUUGUCCAGAACAAAUCUGAAAUUGCCCUCUAGUGCGACUUGGCCCUUAAUACAUGUCAUUUUUGAAUUUCCCUGCUCUACAGAAAUAUCACCCGAUUAUACUUAUCAAUAAAUAACAGUUUGUUAUAGCGCUGGUGGUUUAACAGAAUAGAAAAUAGUAUACUAAUGGGACCCAAACAUUCAAGCGUCGUAUUGAGCAUGUUUUCAAAAAGGCCUGCUGUUAUAUUUAUCUAUAAAAGCUUAUCAAUAAAGUCCAUAUUCAAUCCUUUUAAAUUAGUCGACGAUAUUGAUCCAUAUUCGGUAGCCAACAGGGUGACAUAAUUUAAUUUGCCUACAGAUUAUGCCAUAUUGAUCUUGUUGAAAUUAUAAUUCUGGUGGUUGGUCCUAAACGUUUAAUGGUAGUAAAUUGAAAGUUCUUCUUGAUCCUUCCAGGGUUGGCAAAUGAUCUUUUUGUUUGGGACCAGUUUCACCAUCUUUUUGUCAUAAAACACUUAACCAAGCUAUCAGCGUUCUACUUAUUUACUCUACAUUUUUUCUUAUUUUAUGUUAAUAAGUUCAUCUGUAUAUGUGCGUAAAAGCCUUUUCUUUGCGGUUUCAUUUUCUAACAACAGCAAUCUUUAGCUGCAAUCACCCUACACAGAACAAUGGUUAUCAGAAAAUGAAAAACUGAACAGUUUCUGUAGAGACAUUAACUUAAAAACUAGUAAUUGAAGAAAAAAAUAUGUUGCGGUCACCUUGUCGCCUCGUAAAUUGAAUACGAACCAUCAGUCACUUUAUUUGCUCGUUCACCUGCCGCGGCUGUUUACGCUGGCGUAAAAACACAUAUGGCUCUUAUCUUUUUAUAGUCUAUUAGGUAGAUUGGUGUUGAGUAAGUCAAUUUUUUUAUCAGUAAUAAACCUCAAAGUGUUUCCGAAGCUUUUAGGCUCAAAAGUGACAUCAAGCUUCCUUCAGUUUAGAAAUUUUCAUUUUCCAUGCGUCAUGCUUUUUUCUGCAUAAAAUGAGGCUAGGUUUCAGUUCUCAUACGUCACGCUAUUAUUAUAUCAAUCUUGUAACUAUAAAAUACUGCUGUCUAUUAAGUUGAAUUCAUAGCGAAAAAGGAGACAGUCUCUGAAACUAACCAUUUUCUUCUGACUCACUCAUGGCUUAUAACUCCUCAAGCGAUAACAGUGAUGGCGGUCUUUCUGGCCAAAAUCUGGCUUUCACGUUGUUGUAUUCUUUCAUCGUUAUCAUCGGCGUACCAGCUAAUUGUAUCAUAAUCACCAUCGUGCGAAAAACGCCUUCAAUGCACACGACAACCAACUUUCUGCUCAUGAACUUGGCAAUUGCGGAUCUUGUAACGUUGUUGUUCUGUCCCGGAAUUUACGAUUUCCUCCUAAACCAAGUCUAUCUUGACAAGACGCUGGGAGAUUUUAUCUGCAAGCUAUUCGUAGGCAAUGCAGUGGUUCCCAUCUCGAUUAAUGUUGGCGCUUUAACUGUUUCCGCUUUGGCGGUUGAGAGAUACCUAGCGUUAUCAAAACCUUUUCACAUUAGAAUUCGAUUGUCUAACAAACGGGUUCCUCAUGUCGUCUUGUUUGUGUGGACAUUUGCUGCUUUAUCAUGCAUUCCCGACUUUCUGACAAACACAAUAGACCUAGAUCCAUUGUCAACUUACCCAUGCAAACGUCCAUGGAGUCUUGACGAGUAUUCUAAUCACAAAAGCUUUAUCAUUUUCACUGGUAUUUCUUUUGGUAUUGUCCCAUUUGCAGUGGUUUUCUUCUGCUAUUUUGAGAUCUUUCGUGGCAUGUUCAUCACCAAUGAAAUUUACAGCAGUUCCGCCGAAGCAACAAGCAGUCAAGCACUGGAAGACCAGCGCGCAAAGAAACGCCUUUUGAAGCUUCUUGUAUCGUUAACAGUCCUCUUUUCAAUUUGCACUUUGCCAUUUUCACUAUUUUUUAUUUACUUAACCGCUAUUGAAAAAGACGUUGUGGCCAAUAAUCGAGCUUGCCUGUUCCUCAUUCAUAGAAUCGUUAGAUAUCUUCUUAAUGCCAAUUCGUUUUUGAAUCCACUUGUUUAUGCUCUUCAAAGUUCCAAUUACAGAAACGGGUUUAAAACAAUUUUUUGCUGUAACUGUAGAACUGUGGAUCAGAACAAAGACAAGCCUGUAGAAAGGUCUUUCGGUCCGUGCACACUUCGGCCAAUCUAAUUUUCAUUUUUCCAACAAAAACGGAAACAGGAAAUAUUACUUAUCGUUGUCAUAUUUACAUAUUUUAAAGUACAGACAAAAAUAGAAAAAGAGAAAAUGGUCAGGAAAAUUGAUCAGUUUUUCAUUUUUCUAAUUUUGAAGUCCGCUUCAAAAAUUCAAAAAAUACUGUAAACGGCUAAAAGCGAUAUUUUGCUAUUUUUUAUUUGUUGCUAUUGUUAGAAAAUGAGAAAAAUGAAAUAAUCUCCGAUUCCUAACUCAUUUUUCUAUUUUUCCGUUUUUCGCCAAAAAUAGAAAAACAGGAAAACGAAAAAAAUCAUUUAUUCGCACCAUUUUUUCAUUUUUUCCAUUUUGUUCAAAAAAUGAAAAAAUAGAAAAAUAGAAUACCUAUCGCCCAAUUUUCCAUAAUUCCAUUUUAAUAAGAAAAAUGAAAAAAUGACAAGUGUUGUGAGCAAUUUUCAAUUUUUUUAUUUAUUUAAUAAAUAGUAAAACUUUAAAACGAUACACCCGUUCAGACAGUUUUUCACUUUUUAUUUUAUUGAAAAAUGGCGCAGAAAAGUGAGAUGUUAUGAAUAUUUUAACGGUGAAGAAGAGACUCGCUAAUUUGGUUAGAAGAUUUACCCAGGGUCGGCGGAGAUGUGGGGGAAUUUGGGGGGGGGGAGGGCUUAGUUUUCGAGAUGCGGACGUAUGUAGUUCUAUUAACUUUUGAAGUUGAUUAACUUUUCACGAUUUCCCUGAAGGUUUGAGUUGUCGGGAGUCGGCUGUGGAUGAAAGCGGCGGGAAAACCGUAUCGUACCGGCCGUGGAAAUGAAGAAUAUUAGAAAGGGUACGAGGGAGGCAGAGAAGGCGUGAAAAUUGGUACAGGAAAAAAGGGGCGGGUAACUCAACGGUUUUCAGGUUUUCAUGCCAGCAACUAUGGUCCCGGCACAAAAAAGCGGUUCGUGAGAGAGAUUAAGUUGAAGGAGUUAAGAAGGAAGGUCGUUGAACAGUCACAUGCACAAAAUAAAGAAAGAGCACGCCAGAGGUCAGACGCUUUUAAAUGAAAUAGAAAGUAGACUGCUUAAGGUUAACCCUGGGUUAAGGGUUAACCCUGCUAACCCUUAGCCUGCCGAAAUAACGGAACUUGCCCCAAAACGGUUGUUUGAGGAUUGCAAGAGUAAAGUAUAUUGAAUUAAUAUUAUGGAGGAGAAACUUAAUGAGGCGGCUAGUAUACAUUCGCGAGAGAGAACAUCUUAAUGAUCUGGCCCCAUACAUUUGCUCAUACAUUUGUUUAAACGUUGGAUAGCGAGUAUCCACCCGAUAAAUCCCUAUCCAGCGGCCUGAUAAUUUUUUUAUGUAUUUUAGGGAAACUAAUUGCGUUAUCUACUGGAUAGUUAUUUAUCCAGCGGAUAGCGUUAUCCACCUUUUAAGCAAGUCAGCCCUGGAAAGACGAGAGCAAAGAUCGCUAAUGUCGGGAAACCCAUGCGACAAGUAUGGGGAAACGUUCCACAGUUUGAAUGGAACAGGAACACUUUAUGGUGACGCAGUGUUAGAACAGGUCACAGAGUGCGUCCUAAGUAAUGAGGUAAAGGAAUCAGCCAAUCAAAUCCAAAAGUGAAUGAAAGUACGUUCGCAUUCCGAGAACUAAAGGGCCCAAACCCCCCUUCCCAUCCCACGUCUCUGCCGACCCUGUGUAAAUCGUCUAACAAAACUAGUGAGUCUAAAGUGGAUUAGGUUUUCCUUUUCUUUAUUAGUAAAUGUUCAUGAUUUGUCAUUUUUAUUUGCUAUUUUUCAUUAAAACAAAAGAUGAAAAAUUGUCCGUUUUUGUUUGUUUGUUUGUUUUCUAUUUAUUGAAAAAAUGAAAAAAUUGUUCGCAACACUUGUCAUUUUUUUCAUUUUUCUUGUUAAAACGGAAUUAUGGAAAAUUAGGCGAUAGGUAUGCCAUUUUUCUAUUUUUUCAUUUUUUGAACAAAAUGGAAAAAAUGAAAAAAUGGUGGGAAUAAAUAUGAUUUUUUUCAUUUUUCCUUUUUUCUAUUUUUUGCGAAAAACGGAAAAAUAGAAAAAUGAGUUAAGAAUCGGAGAUUAUUUCAUUUUUCUCAUUUUCUAACAAUAGCAAGAAAAUAAAAAAUAGCAAAAUAUCGCUUUUAGCCCUUUACAGUAUUUUUUGAAUUUUUGAAGCGGACUUCAAAAUUAGGAAAAUGAAAAAAUGAUCAAUUUUCCUGACCAUUUUCUUUUUUUCUAUUUUUUUUCUGUACUUUAAAAUAUGUAAAUAUGAUAACGAUAAGUAAUAUUUCCUUUUUCCGUUUUUGUUGGAAAAAUACAAAAUUAGAUUGGCCGAAGUGUGCACGGACCCUUUCCAACCCGUAUGAUUUCAAAUUUGUUUUUUGUUGUUGUUUAAAAAGUGGUUAUAUACUCAAACAAACUGAACCAUUAAGAAACGUAGAAAGACUGCAUGAAUAACUAGCAGGGUAAGAACUAAUAAGAACAUUCUAUGUGUUUCAGUUUGAACAAUAUUACUCGGACUACAUACUUUACAGGCAUAAAUGUAUGUCAAAUUGAAACUUUUUACACUGGUUUAAGCCUUAGCAAAGCAAGACUGGUGUUACGAGCAGCGCGUGCACUUAUCUUGGACAAUGAAGAGAUCACAAGUAGCCUACGAAAAUAUCCGUUUCACCUCGCUCUUCGCCGCUGGGGACGUUUCAAACGUCCCCGAUCGUCCCCAGCGUCGAAGAGCGAGGAGAAACGGGUGUUUUCGAAGGCUAGAUUACAAUUUAUUUGUUUACAAGUCACGAUCACAAUAGCUUUCAGCAGGGCUUCUAUAUUUUAUUAAUAAGCUACUGAAAAUAGCACACCCAUAGAAAGUUUGCAGUGGAUAUUUAUUAUCAAAGGCAGAGUCUGGCAGUUAAUAUUAAUAUCAGUCGGAUUGUAAAAAGGGAUCAUCUGUCUCUCUUGUCUCUCCAUGGUUCAUUCCGGAAGUGAAAGUGUCACACAUUGAAAUCAGGAGUUGUCAAGGUAAAGUGGAAAAGUGUCACUAUUAGAAACGUAUGAUUCCGGUUUCGAAUCAUUAAACGAUCGUGAUGUCAGCCCUUUUAUUUUAUUGGUCCUCAUCUGUAAAUAGAAAGUUUCAGGAGCGAUCUACCGAAGCCCACUGAAGACUAGCACAAUCAAUAAAUCCACAUCUGGUCGUAAUCGUUAGUUACCAUCCAUCUAAACCCUAGUUUCUUUACCCUCAUUGACAGGUUGAACUACUAAAUCCAACUGAAAUACCACUAAAACAAGUAAAAAUUUCUUAACAUUGACUAAAAAUACGUGUAUGGCAGAAUCUCGCGGGGCUCAAAAGUUAAUGAAAUGUUUAUUAACACUGCUUCAACCCUAACCCUCCCAGUGGCAAAUAAUUUGUCGAGUGACACAUAUUUAAGUUAUCUUAUCACGCAACAAGAAGACCAAGAACACUUUUCUACCUCGGAAUCACGCUACUCAGUCUAUUAACUUAGUGUGGAUUACGCCUGUCUAGACCGUUUUGAUUGGUUGAAACCCAGCUACCGAAAUCAAAGGGUUGAGACAGAGAUUAAUCCUUUUAAAACUAGAAGUAAUCGGAGCUUAGGAGAGUGUGUUCGAUAUGUUUGUUAGGCGUACAGGUAGCAGUUGAGGGAGAAGGGUGGCUGGUUCUUGCGAUAGAUAACUAUGAUUAAGGCAUAUUUUGAACGUAACGGUUGCCUACAGCGAAACCUCUAUUUAAACUUCGUAUCAUUAUGAAAAGGUUUUGAAGGCUAGUGAUCGGAAUGAUAUCGUAUGGUUCGUCUCAAGUACAGUUGUCCGAAGGCCGAUUAGCGCUUGACCCGGGUUUCUUUUUCUUUUGCUCAAAAACAUUUCUUUGGAUAAUUUUUCUCUGUUAUUUUUAAGAGCAUCCAAUCGUCAACUUGAUGACAAAAUGAAGCUUUCACAUCUGAAUUCAAAUUUUGCACUAACCCUCGACCUCGCCUGGGUUAUCUUAACCCAGCUUUGAACAACCCGGCCCAGGUAUUGUCAAAAAGCAAACGGUUGACAAAGCUUUAGAAGUAAUCAUUAGUUUUAUUUAUUGGGAAUUCCACAUGAAGACAAUUACUGAAAUUUACUAUAAAAUGAAACCGUUACUGGCAAGUCUUCUUAACUUGUGAUGAUAUAAAGAUCGACCCAAGACCACAUUUUGACAUUUGAUUGUCUUUGUUGUCCCUGGGGUAGGGCAUUUGACUGAUCUUGUUCUCCCGGGGGAAGGGAUAUUUGAAUCUUUCUUCGCCCGACGUGGAGAUGUUUGACUGCCGACUCGGACGAAAAAGACUGAGACCGAACAUAUGUUUCCCGCUUCCACGCUUCACAAAUGCGCCAUACGGUUUGAAAAGAACAGGAAGUAAUGGAGGCCAAUGAGAAAAAGCGAAGGCUGAGUGGAUUUCACUGUUUUGUCUUCAAGUUUCGUUCGUUUUAGCGUGUUUUUGAUCAAUUGAACCUCUUAAUAUACUGUGGUAUCAAAGUAAACGGAAGCAAAGAGAAACCAAGUCGAUUUUUGCAAGUACAAUUGAUUAGUGUAUCCAUGGCUCAUUCGCUACAAUCACUGAGAACUUAUAAAACUGACUUUCUUUGUACCCUUUACUAAACGGUAUAUUUAGAUUUACAAAAUGUGGACUUUCUCCUAAAGGUUUAUGUAGUCUACGCAGUGUAACACGGAUUAUGUUAAAACGUAUAAUUGCAGCUGUAACAGGAACAUGUAUCUUUGGUGAUGCAGCAACGUUUAUAAAAGAUUGCAGAGUUUUAUUGGGAGAUAGUUUUAUUGUGCCUUUCUUAGGUUCUGCCUUGGGAUUGACAGCAAUGUGCAGCCUGGGGUGGGGAAAUUUGGUCGGAUUUGACUGGAAUGAUUUGCCCAUGGGCAGGGAAUUUGAUUGCAAAUUUUUGAAAAAAGUCAAAUCCCCACCCUAUGCCCUGCCUCCCCCCCCGCCGGCAUUACAUUGAUUGGUGCAUAAAAUGUUCGUUUGUCUGGUGCCGAAGAUAACAUAAGUCAUGAUGAAAUGGCGCCUCCAAGCUUCACAUCUCGGUAGAAUUACUUUGUGGAAUAACGGCCGCCGAGCUACACAACUCGGUAGAUUUACUUUGUGGCACAACGCACGCCGCGCUUCACAACUCGCUGGUAAAUUUACUUUGUAGCAAAACGGUCGCCAAGCUAAACAACCCGGUUUGAUACAUGCACCAGGAGUCGCGCGCAUUUUCCAAAGACAAAUUUGAAGGCUUAAUCCAAAGUAAAAUGUUACUCAAGAAGUAAACUUUCAGCAGGAUUUUGAUGAGUGAAAGAUGAACGCUUUAGAAGAUUCAUUAAACACAGAUCGAUAGUAGACCUUCAGCAAACUGUUAAAUAUGCACGCUUUACGAAGAUUCAGCACACGUUAAUGUAGUCCACCACAAGAAAACCCGGCUAAUUCGGUGCACCCUAUACUACUCAAGCGGAAACAUCAAGGUAUAAUAGCUGAAUGAGCAUGCCCAGUCAGGGUCUUAAUCUGUUCCUUUUCAUUACCCUAGUAUCGUCUUUGCGAAGAACUUUGGUGUGAGGUCAAAGGUGAGAGGCUUUGCAGAAGUAAACUAAACCCGGCGGCUCCAGGAACGGCAUGUGCCCCAGACAAGGUAGGCUCUGUAUUACUCUCUGGGGAUGAGCUUUGUUGGAUUAUGUCCAGGGGUGGAAAUCAAGUAUACUUACCAUUAACAUGGGAAAACCAGACAUUCCGGAUGGAAAAUCAAAUGAUUAGAGCCAUUCCUCUAAUCAUCAUUCCUCUCGGUCAUACUAGUAUCUAUACCUGAUUUGGAUAUACUUUGCGGCGGUCCACCCUUCUCCCACGAGGAGAAAUUAUAAUUGUUAAUUGUGUUUGUGCAAGAGAUUUUGUGUGAGUGGUCAAAAGCGACCCUAGUUUCAUUUGAAGGAGCAUUAGAAAAUUGGGUUGAGCCUCUAGGACUUUAAACUCUUAAUCACGUCUUAAAUAAUUAGGUGUUUAGGUUUAGGUGCAUCACCAGCAUCCCUUCCGCUUGAAUUGAAAUAUUCGAUGCGGUUUCAGUCUCUGCUUAAAUAUGGAGAUAUCGUAAACAUCCUACUAAUCUUAUUUUCUUUGAUCGGAUCGCGCGGAAAAAAAACUCGAUCCGUAACUUACAUAACCCAGGAACACGAAAUCUUUUAGUAAGAGGUACCUGUAUAUUCAGUUACUGUUUUGACUACUUUUUGAAGUUUGCUUUUAAUAUGUGAAAUUGACAAGCAAUUUCCGGAUGGCUGGAGUAUCGAAUUCGAAUUUAAUAUCCCACAUUUCUGCGCAAAUAGAGAACAGAAAAGUGGCAGUCUGAAUGGUGUACAGAUGGUCAGAUGGUUGCUUUAUGCUGAUGAUCUCGUUCUGUUCUGUAAAAGUAUAGCUGAAGUGAAAACAAUCAUGAACAUUCUAAAUGACCCAAGUAUUCAACUAUGAUGAACUUGCCAACUCACCUUCAUUGUUUUCAAUUGGGGGAAAUGUGGUGGAGUAUGUACUGUAUCAUAGUUCACAUGCCUUGACAAAAUGUUCAGCAAUAAAGAUCAAGGCAGUUUUACAGACCUUCCUGUAUCAAUGAUAUUGAUAUUGGCAGGAAAAAGAGAAGACACUCACGCGGUGUGGUGGCUCGGCUGUUUAAGCAGUGCACUGCUGGAGAAAAUGGCCAAAGAUUUCACUCGUUAAGGGAAGAUGAAAAAGCCGAACUACUUUUUACCUUAAAGGCAUAGUAAGAAAAAACAUCCACCAGAAAGUACAUCCUUUCAUAUUCUGAAACUGCCGAGGAAGACGCAGAAGUUUUGAAAGAUGGGACUUUACGUAGAAGUAAAGCAUAUUCCGAGCUUGAUAUUCUGCAUGAAUAGUAAAACAAUUAUUUGCAUUUGCAGUGGUGUAUGUACGGCGAGUGUGUAAGUAACGGCACCAUACCAGCAAAGAGGGACGAUGGCUGGAAACCCUGGUCGGACUGGAGUGAUUGCUCUCGAACAUGUGGAAUAGGAGUGAGUGUUCAAAAACGGUCCUGUGACUCACCAGGGUGAGUGACUGACCUGUAGAUUUAAAUUUUGACUGUCCAGUUUGCACCCACCUCACUUUUGGGAAUGUCAAAUAUCAAAAUUUCUAUACUCUGCAUCAAGGAGGUUCUGACUCGAAAUAACGUAAAAAAUAUCUAGGUUGUGGACUGGCACCUACCCCUUUUUAUGCCUGAGUUAUGAAUAUAGAAGUUGAUAUGCGUACAUCGUUUGAUUUUUGAUGAUGAACACACUAAUAGAGUAUUUAUCACUGUCUGUUUCAGCCCGGUAAAUGGUGGCCGUCAUUGUGAAGGAGAAUCAAAGAGGUAUAAGACCUGUAAUGUCAAGGUAAAACAAUUACAUAUCGACCCCAGCUAACCACUACUUUCACUUCAGAGUUUAUAGCUAUUACCUUAAAUGAUCUAAUAAACGCCAGGGGCGUCAAAACGCUUUCCGCGAAUUUAUCGACACAGUCAAUAUACAGAGGACUAACCAGUCCAUCCAUUGAUACGUAUAGGCCGAAAAAGCUAAUCUUUGUGACGUCGUUGUUUACAUUUUAACUCAUUACCAUACGAGUUAAUCCAUAGAAGGCGUAGCCGUAAGCACAGCUUAAAUUCAGAAGUUGAAAGAAUCGGUUAAUUUGAACAAUGUUCUUCGCAAGCAAUAACAAAGGAAAUAGCAGCCAUCAAAAACUGCGAAAUUGCUGAGUGUCAAACCGUUAUUGAGCCCGUACAUUCUUCGUUAACUUUCGAGUUUUCAACGAUAAUUUCUCCAAACCUACUCGUUAUUUGGGGCUGAAAUUAUUAUUAUUAUUAUUAUUAUUAUUAUUAUUAUUAUUAUUAUUCAGCCUGUUCAGUUCAUUGUUUAAAAACAAUAGAAAUUUGCUCAUCUUUUUAAACAAAGCCUAGUCAGAUCAGCCAAAAAUUCCCCAGAUUUAUUCUUAGAAUGAUCCCGAGGUGGCCGGACAUGGCUGUAAGCGUUUAAAAUCUGCUAAGAUACAUCUUUUCUGCCUACGGGUAAAGCUUGGCGACCAUGUUUGCAAAGAAAAUAAAAAUCGACCACGAUUUACCGAUUCAACGCUCGAGUACUUGUACCUAUACACGGAAAGGAUGUGUGCUAGAGUUUUCAUUUUCCUUUUUUAAAGCUAUUUUCCAAGUCCUUCAGAGCAUCCCUUUUUUUGGUACUUAUAAUAAUGUGUUUCACUCUGCGUUGAAGAAAGUCUACCUUAAUUAGAGGAUCAUAAUUAACCAGCUGAAGUUGUUUAAAAUAUGCAAGGUUGUUUCGUGUUUUGUCAAGAGCUGACUCGAUCAUUCUCUCUUGAUCAUAACAUAGUCCUUUUGGUUUAAUUACUCCUCAGUCCUGUCCUCUGGGAUCCAAGGAUUUCCGAACUUUACAAUGUGAGUCAUUUAAAGACACCGAAUACAAGGGGAUAAAACACGAUUGGGUUCCUGUGAUAAGCUAUGGUAAGGGAUUCCUUUUUUUUUCAUAGCCCUCAAACAUUUUUACUCCCCAAAGUGCCCAACAUCAAAAUCAAGAACAAAUAGAAAAAUACUGAAAAAUGAAUAAUCUCAUCUGAUAGUUCAAUAAUUGAAUGGUAACAACGUUUUGCCCGUAGACUUAAAAUUUAGAACUAAGUCACCACAUAUCCCAUAAUCUACUUUGUUAUAUGGCUGCUUCCGCUCGGGAUUUCCCUCGUUGGUCACGCAAGUAAAAGUUCUCUUGUUGGCCAUAUAAUAAAUCCUUUUUUGACCAGGCUUGUUAGGUCAAGAUGCAUGUUCUCUUUUGCGUGUUUUUUGUUACCUCGACUUUGUCUCAGUCAAUAAAAAUGCAAAACAAGAACUUGACCAAUAUUCAGCCAUCUUGACCUCACACUUGGUUAAUAACGCAUAUCAAAGAAUUCAAAGGACUUAGACUUGUGUCAUGGAACAGACCCCGUAACAAAAGCUUAAAAGCAAUUGAAGGGUGUGAGUGAGGAUUUCAAGGAGGUCCAUAGGGGGAGAAGAAUUAUUUGACUGAAGAAUUAUUUGAAGAUAGUGUUGAAUGUUAAACUCUUUAUAUGAUCGUUCAGGUGUUGAUUCUUGCGGAGAUGUUUUGACCGCUUAGUAUCAAGUUUCAGUAUCAUCAUCAUCAUUGUCAUCAUCAUCGUCAUCAUCGUCGUCGUCAUCAUCGUCGUCAUCGUCAUCAUCUUGAUCAUCACAGCACCAUCAUCACCUUCCGUUGUCUUUAAUACCAACCAUUUCGUUAAUCCUUUGCGUUAUCCGGCUUCAUUUAAAAAACUGCCAUACUCAUUAUGGAGCGUAGCAAAGGCCUUUUUGAGCCACGCACGUCAGCCCAAAGUGAGUUUUUCUUUGCCUCGUACCCAAGCACGUUCUAGCGGAUUCGUGAGCGAUUCAAGGGCUACAGGAGCGAUUUUGGUUCCGCGCUAGGUAUCAUGGGAAAGGCGAAGAGAUGUUUUUCUCGCUCACCCUUCCCAGCGUCCUUUGCGUGAACGCUAUGCGUUCUCAUGGUCCAUUGCGUGAUACUCAUUGAUCGCUCGCAGAAGUCUUGUUUUGUUUUCCAAACACUUGAGACGCCAAGGAACGAGGCAGAGUUUUUCGCGCUUUCAAUAUGCCUUGACGCAACCAAAUUUGAAUUGCUCGAAAAUUUGGUCAAAAGAAUUGCCCAGGAAUGCAAGAAGUCUACUUCGAGUCGACGUGCGUUGCUCAAAAGCGUCCCUGCUUGAUCACGGGCCGGUUACUAACUUUGCUUGAACAUUUUACGGUUAAUGUUUAAUAAUGAAUAUUUUUAGCAUUACCUUUGGACUUUAUUUCUAAAUUCGUGUCAGUUCUGCAAGUAGUUCUUGAUGUUCUUGAUUUUUUUGUUACAGGCCACCCAUGCUCGUUAUUUUGCAAACCGAAGAACCCUCGAUACCGUUUCUCUGCUAAACUUGCUUCCAAAGUUAUAGAUGGCACUCCAUGCAGACCAGGAUCGGUAGACAUAUGCGUUAACGGAAGAUGCCAGGUAAAAAACACAACUCUGUAUAUUUGGAAGAAUGGCAGAUUUUUUGAAAGGCGAAGCUUAUUAAUGCUUUUCAUUACUCAUCUUCAUACUCGUACUCAUGUGGCCCGAUUUUCAGCAAAAGCGAUCUGUAGAUAUCGAAAUUGGAUACAAAAUUGCGCCACUUCUGAUCUCCUCCAAAUUUAGUACACCGGAAGUUGGAGAUUAAUGGUACUCAUUCCUCAGCUUGAGGAAAGUGUGAUCGAAUGAAAAUCAGCACAGUCCAUAAGAAACUGGACACGACACUCGUUGGCCGCUGUAUGCGUUUGUGUUUUCUGGUAAUAGGCCAUUUCCAAGUUACCCCAAGCCUCUGUUUCAAAGCGAGGCGAGGUGCGAAGCUAUCAACAUUUGCAUGAGACUCAUUUUCACAAGGAAAGUUUUGCACUUAGCCUUGUUUGAAAGUAAGGGUUUUUGGAACUCGGAAAUGUCUCAUUUAAAUUUACCUGACUGUAUAAUUAUGUGCGAUGGGUAUCAAAUACUGGUAGAAUUAACCAAGGCUAAAGAAUUUAUUACCCUUCACUCACUUCUGGGUCUAUUAUUUUUCGAAUAUUUUAUCAUCUGCAUCGCGGAAAAAACUGCCUCGAAGUAUCACUGUUUGUCUAUCUGUAUCAGGAUGUUGGCUGUGACCAUUUAAUAGGUUCCGGAGCAAAAGAGGAUAUUUGCGGUGUCUGUAAAGGAAACGGAACGAGUUGUCGUACAGUAGAAGGAAGAUUCAAUCAGUUGGCCGGAUCAGGUAUGAAUUUACUUCUAUCAGUUUUCGGUUUAAUUUUCUUGUUAACCUAGAAUGCUUUGCGCGUUUGAUUCAGUUUUGUUUUAAAAGAUGUUAGACAUGCUUAAACUUCUAUACGCCCCACUAGUGGGGUCUUAUGUAGUAUUUAGUGCUUCAGGGUAAAGACUUACUAGAAUGAAGGCGCUCUUUUGACGCUGAAUGCUAAAUAGACGCUAUUUUGCAUAUGGAGAACUUAGCCCAAUUUAAGGGAGUUAACUAGUGGAAAUCAGUCUGGUAGUAUCGAGUCAUCCUCCUCAUAACAUGACAAAGCUGUAUAUCCAGCAUCCAGGUCACUUGGUCUGCGAACGUUCUCAUCUGCGAGUUUAAAAAGAUUUUUAUAAGUUUGGUUUUGACAUUCGAUAAUCAUUCAUAUGAUUAACUUUGUUAGGUGUCACUGUAUAAAGUCUAACCCUCUGUAAAGAAAUUUUAGGACAAAUAGUUUAUACUGAAUCUCUUUGAAGCUCAAAAUUUUCUAGUGGAGUUUAUUUCUAUCACAACAGGUUAUGUUGAAGCUGCUGUCAUCCCUAAAGGAGCUAGAAGUAUAACUGUACGGGAAUCCAAACCCUGCACGAGUUUUCUCGGUGAGGUUCUCCUUUACCUUGAUAAACAAAUGGAAAUAAAUUAAUCGCAAGUAUACAUAAGGAGAGAAAGUUUAAGUUUCACGUUAUUCUUUUGCAAAAAACAAAGGAUCUGAUAAUCAAUUUUCAAAAAUAUACGGAGCUCUUACCGCUAACUUUCUUUUAAUGAUCGUCUUUAAUAACAUGAGCUAUUUUAGUAAGCCGUAAACAAAAAGGUUCAACGAGUAGAAGUGUUGUUUCAUGACCUAUGUCUUAAUCAAUGGUUAGCCCUCAGAGCAGAUGCCGGCACCUAUUAUAUUAAUGGGAACUGGAGAAUUCAACUUCCUGGUGACGUCAAAGCUGACGGAACAGUAUUCCGAUACCUGCGUAAGGGAACAUUGGAAAAGAUCAUCGCCCGUGGGCCGAUAAAUGAGCCGUUGCACAUCAUGGUUAGUUUUGCGUUCACACUAUCCCCAUAUAUAUGGAAUAUCAUUUUACCUACCUUGUCCAUUGCUCAUAUCCUCAAUACUUAGUGUUUUGAGAACGAUGCACUAUAUCGUGUCCCCUUCGAUUUUGUAGUGUUGCUUAUGGUACCUUACUUGCUUGGCAAUAGGCUAUUUCGGAGUUCCCCCCGGGCCUCUGUAAACGAGGUUAGGUGCUCAGCCUUUGAUGAGGAAAUGAUUUUUGAUUCCCAUGCAAAUAAAACUCAUUUUCACAAGAAAGGUCAGGGUCGGCCGGGGGGAGGGAGGGGGUAGUGGAAUACCAAAAUACCUGAAUUAAACCUUCCAACAUACCAAAAACUAUACUAAAACUUGUGUAAAAUACCAAAACUAAGAAAAACUCGGUAUACUUUAUACCCAAUUUUAAACAUAAAAAUACUGUAUACCUGAAAUUAAAUACCCUAAUAUACCGUAUACCCCCAAACCCUGGCCGACCCUGAAAGGUUGUGAACUUGGCCUCAUUUUGAAAGUGAGGGUUUUUGGAACUCGGAAGUGGGCUAUUUUAAAUAUUCGCUCCAUAAACUCUUCCUUACUUGCCAGAUUUAUUUUAUAUCAUUCACGAAUACGUUAAGAAGAGCUUGGGAUAAGACGCGUGGGGAAGAACAGGUUAUUUUUUUAAAUUUAUUACGUUAUAUAAGAACUAACCUAUACAGAGAUACGACUGAUUUGGAAAAAAUCGAAAACAUGAAACAUGGUUAGUACAGUGUAUUAGAAGUUUUAAAUGGGAGGUGCUAUAACGUUUUAUAUUAACGUCUUAGCAUUGUCACUUGUAACAGGUCCUCUAUUAUGGUUUCAACUUUGGUGUGGAGUAUCGUUACUCCAUACCACUCCACAACAAAAGGGAAAGCAACGGAAAAACUAAACAGCAUCCGCUUCUGCGUGAAGUCUCGUAUGGAUGGGUGCACGGAGGCUAUGGCGAGUGUAACGUGCAUUGUGGUGGAGGUAAGAGAUAACACGAGUGAACGUCAGUGUUUAUCAUAUAAUCCAUACCUGGUUAGUAAGGUGGAUCGAUGGGGUUUUUCAGGGGCAAUAACCACCAGGUUUGAUUAUCAACUUCGUCGUUAUUGACAAAGAUUUAUAACAGCACAAAUCAAAAUGCUCACACUUGGGAGGUGUUGCUUCUGAAAAAACCCUAUCGAGUCACCUUAAGUCAUAUACUCAUAUAUUCGUGGAAAAUGAAAAAUUCCUGCAGUUCCCCCUAUGAAAGUCUGUCGACGUAAUUUGAAUGGCCUCCUCCUUCUUCUUUUUUUUUUUUCAUAGGUAUCAGGAAAAGUUUGAGAAUGAAAUGUAUCCGUUUUUACAGAGGAAACAUCUCUUUGGUUAAAGAUUUCUAUUGUAAAGGAGCCACUAAACCACGGCAGGAAGAGCGAGUUUGUAACGUGAAUCCGUGUCCAAUAUGGUAUGUAUUUCAAAGCCUUCGAAUGGCCUUUGUUUUUACUACUUUCAUAUAUUUUUCUUUUAUACAUGCACUUAAGAAUCGCGAUUAGUGUGUCCAAAAGAAGUAAAAAUGGUGUGACCCACAAAGUUGCGGCAAGGGUAAAGUGUAAGGAAUUGCGCAUGAUCAUUGAGAUCGUAUUUGGGGACGUGUUGUCGUAAGGUUCUUCCGCCCUCUUCUCUAUGUUGAUCAGUUUUGUAAGUUGCAUAUUAUCAUCAAUAUUAUUACCCUUUUUGUUGUUGUUGUUGUUGUUGUUGUUAUUAUUAUUAUUAUUAUUAUUAUUGUUAUCAUUAUAAUAAUAUUAAUUAUCAUUAUCAUUAUCAUUUUUUACACCGAUUCAAUGUAAAUAAUAAAUGUGUCAUAGGGUUUGAUCUUUUUUAUCGUCCAAGACAACUAAUAUUAUGUUUCAAGUCAAUUAUUCUCCCUCUCAUAAAAUCUUUUUUUCUGUUUCUUUAAUUCUUCUCUUUUAAGAGCUCGUUCCUUCUAAUAGGACAAAAGGAAAAAAAAUCAUGACUGUCUGUGAGUGUUUUUUCAAAUUAUGUAGAAAUGUAAGACCUACCUACUAACAACAUUAGUGCAUGGAAAGAAUGCAGUAAACAUUUAAGAUGACGGACAAAUGUUUAGGUAAAUGCAUUUUGACUGAAAGUAAUAUUCACAACCACAUAUGACAUAAAUUCAAAAGCACUAAUUGUCAAAGUCAGAAAGAUUCAUUGAAGAUGAAGCGUAGGUAAACAAUAUGCACCAUUUCAUCUUGAGUUUUUUUAUUAUUUUUAAAAGAUUAAUAUUCAGUUGCUUUUUAACCAUUUUUAUUGAAAGAGGAAAAUCAACUCAGUUACACCCUAUGUUGGAAUUAGUGCUCUGUAGCUGUAAGUUUAUUGUUUUUUUUUUUUGCCUCAGAAAAUUUUAAUCCAAUAUAUAUUUUAAUUAGUACAUUGUACCAAUGAAUAAUAAAUAUACAGCUGGUUUGCCAUUAUGUAAGCAAAGACCCAUCAAGCUUGAUAAACUUUGUCCUGAUAGAAAGAACAGCCCACUUUACAGGCAAAUCAUUGUUUUCCUUCCGCGGAUCGCCAACGUUUAUACCACUGAAAUCAGAGAGCAAAAAAGGAAGCUAAAAACCUUGUAUAGUUAACUGCCUAAAGCCAUGGAAGUGAAAACUCAUUCCUGUCAGCCAGAUGUGGCGACAGGAAAAUCGAAAAGCGAAGGUAAUAAUGAGUCUGAGGGCGAUUUCCACAACACUGGUCAAAUAAUCCUUCUUAUACGCUCUUAUAAGGAAGCACCGGUAUCUUUUGGGACAAUUCUGUCAGUGUAUAUAGUGUUAAUCGUGAUUGGAAUCUUCGUAAACGGAGCUGUUUCGCUGGUUAUGCUUCGAGGAAAGCGCUUCAAGAAAAACGCCUCAAAUUUCUUUAUUUUUCAUAUAACUUUCACAGAGCUUGCCAUUCGCCUGGUUCUCUUUCCACUCUUGCUACAUUCUCUACUUUCAACAGAAGGAACCGAAAUCUUCCAAUGCAAGAUUUUAACAUUGUUUUCGAACACCUUCUCUUCGGUCAUUUUUGUUAGUUUGCUUGCCAUUGCCUUGGACAGGUAUUGCAAUAUCAUUUAUCCGAUGAAAUGUUUGAAAAAGAAGAGGAAACUUCUUCAUCUGGUUUUUCUAGUUUGGUUGUACGCUGUAAUAAUAACAUGUCCUUUUGUGGUUAGCGUGAAAACUAUUUCUGUGAGUGAAAUUCCAGAAGCAAAAGGAAUGGAAUGUGAAAAUUGCACGCCUAGAAAAUUGUGUGACAUACCACAAAACUUAAUGGGUCAGUUUUCAACAAUUUCGUAUUUCAUUUUCGCUUUUCUUCUCCCUGUGACUGUCAUUUUUCUUCUAUACACAAAAAUUGCAAUCUGUUUGCAUAAAAGAAGCAACAAUGGGAUGGCGCACAAAGUUGCAGCAAGGGCAAAAUCUAAAGCAGUGCGCAUGCUCAUUCUGACCGUAUUUGGGUAUAUGCUGUCGUUAGGCCCUGCCGCUGUCUACGCGAUGGUGAGAUCUUGCGGGUAUCUCAAUGGCAUGUCGUUUGGAAGCAUACUUAAAGCGAGCUGGGCGAUAAAACUAGUGACGCUGACGAGUUCACUUGGAAAUCCUGUUAUCUAUUCUUAUUAUAACGGGGACUUCAGAAAGGAGUUUGUGAAGUCUUGUUUUUCCAGGAAAAAUAACAACAGUACAUCUUUUCAGUCCAUUGAACUUAAGUAACGCCUGGUCGCAUUCUCUACAGGGUUGCUAAUCAUCAGUUUAAUACGAACAAUUAAAAGCAAGAGCUUUCUGCCAUAUGGUCUUUUUUCUCUUACCCCCGCUACGAAACGAAAUACACAAUCAUGCUUUCAGGGUUUUGCUUUUGUUUAAGACUAAUUUGUUUGUUUUUAUUUUAGCUGGAAAAUACUUUCCGUAAAAAUAUCGAGCCACUGCUGGUUCGAUCUAGAGUAGUAAGCUUUAAUAUCCGAAGCAAGGAGCGUUUUGCUUCAUUCUUGAAUUAGGCUCAGCUCGAGGUAUAAGCGAUUCCGGGGUCACUUUAUAGCCUUCAGGAGGCUAGGUGCAAACUCAAAAAGUUUGAUUAAGUCGGCCCGAACUUUCGCUUGCAUACUGAUGCCCAUCAGUUGUUAGACCACUACAAAUAACUUUGUGUUCAUACUAUGACAUGGUUGGGACAUUUUUUUUCAUACUCACCGCGAACUUAAAUAUAAACAGUAAGGUUUAAAGAACACUCCGUUUUCGUUUUGGUGUUGAGAGAGAGAAAGGCGGAGAACGGAAAAAUCUUUUGUCGAGGAGUUUUUUAAAGUUCAAGCUAUUUAACUCGAAGAUGAUUUUGGUUUGUUAGCCGGUUGUCUGCGGGAACGAAAAAUGUUCUUGUCGUUAAAUGUUUAAUUGGAAUUUAUUUAUGUCGUAACCAGCGUUGAGAUAUAUGGUUUACUUCUAAGGCCGUUUUUUCGUGCACUAACUGACGCAAAAAUAAUGCAGUAGUUGUUACAAGCAUAGCUUUAAGAAUAAACUAGCUUGUAUAUGCAUAUCUUAUGUGUCCUUUUUUAUUUUAAUAUAUUUUAGUUCACAAAAAUAAUUUGGAAGGGCUAAAGCCUCCUCGUUUGCGAUAUAUGAAAUAAAUUUUAACAACUGUAUUUUCCAUCAUCAUUAUACUCCAUUUAGUCGCCUACGAGAAUUUUAACGAGUCUCUUCCGAGAAGAGGUUCUGACGUUUUGGAAGAGAAUUUAUUACAUGCAAUUUCUAAAUUACAAUAUGUGUGUUACAUGUUGGCACUAAGGAACAAGUUCUUACAGUUGUUCCUCGUAUACUCUGAGUAGUAUAGUUACCAUACACCGAACAUAGAGAUCAGACCAUGGCUUAGGUGGUCUUCUUACGAUUGAUUCCAACUAAAAAUCAGCAUUACAUCUUCUUUUGAAUUGGUGGUCGCUUUUUGGAGGCGGUCGCUCACAAGAGCUAGUCGCACGGUGCGUUUCUACUGGAUAAGUAUAUCGGCUUGGUGGUUUUAAUCAAAUGCGUUAAAGUUAAUCUCGAGCUUCAAGAAUUGAUUCAUACUUUGAUUUUUACCGUUUUUAGAAUAACAAUUUGGAUGUAAAUGUUCUUUGUAAUUGGUUUCUGUGGCAACUCUCUUUUGCAGUUCCUUAAGGCUUCGUACAGUUGAAUUUUGAUCAAGCCGGCCACCUAUAUUAAGUGGCCACCCUCGAUUAAGCGGCAAGUAAUCAAGGUCCCGAAGUAAUUUUAGAAAAGAUUGGGAAAUGAAACCUCGAUUAAACGGCCGUGGUCACAUUUUGGCCAUCCCAAAGAGAGUUCUCUCAUUGUUGUCACCUCUACUAAGCGGCCAUCGAGCGCUUGAUACACUUGGUUUAGCUUCAUUUUUAGAAUACGAUGAAACCAGUCCGAGAUAGAAGGGGACGACCUAUUGUAGACCAGUAAUGCUUCUACCGUCGGGCGUUUGUUUCAAAAUAAUGUGAUGGUUUUUGCUAAAGGCUAUGGUUAUUUAAAAAUUUUAUGACGAACCGGCCACUUGCUGGUAGCCCGAGGGUGGCCGCUUAAUGGUCAGGUUCAAUUGUACUUGUCACGGUGUUAUUUUUCGAAGUUUACUUGUAUUCGCUUUGGAGCUCCGCUUAAAUUUUACGAUUCAGGCGGCAGUUAAUUGCUUUUUUCUUUUUCCAGUCGAAAUGACAGCUGGCAAUUUCAGCUCACCGAUAAAAUGACCUCUUUGUUUGGGUAGUUGGUUUACUUUCCUUCAGGAAGGCAGAAAUUAUCAUGUUAAUUAUAUUUUCAUAGAUAGAUGUUAUUUGAAACUCUAAGUGUAUUUUAACAGCAGGUAUAAUGAACAAACCAAUAGAGGCCGAAAAAAGCAGUGAAAAUUACAGUGGCAUCCUUGGAUCCAUUUCAACUUUAUUAAUUAAAUGGCGCGCACACAAGCUUGGCUUUAUAAGGAAAACAUAAGAUCGGGAAGUAGAUUAUCGAAGGUAAUACUACCUGGGAGACCAAGGAAGGGCUGUCAUUUCGCAGGAACUUAAAAACUAGAGGAAAAUAGGAAUUAGUUAAAGACACAAAACAAGAGGUGUGAUUCUAGGAUAUUGAUCAUCAAACCUAUCGCGCUGGUCGAAAAGCCAGAAAGAUUUGCAUUUGGGAAGCGUUUUGGACCGCAGAUUGCUGUCUGACCACAGGUAAAAAGGGGGUCUUAGUUCGGAAAGAAACUAAAAAGCUACUUAUCGGCAUUAUACACUCCUGAUCCCUUCAUUUUUAUUAAAUACUGCUAAAAUUGUACACACAAGAACGGUACACAAUGGCUGAUGAUCACCAGUGUUCGACGAAGACGUCAACGGAUUCAAGUGUAACGGCGAAACAUGGCCCUGGUUUAACAUUCCUUGUUAUUCGUUCAUACGAGGAAGCAAGAAUCGUGUUCGCAGUUAUUUUAACUAUUAAUGCAGUUGUUAUCGUCCUAGACAUAAUUUUUAACACGGUUAUUUCUUUUGUAAUAUUACGGGAAAAAUAGGUAUAAAAUUAAAGGAAUGGUUUCAAUUUUUUUAUGCAUUUGGCCGUGGUAGGACUCCUCUACCGCUUUCUUGCCUUUCCAAUCAUAAUCGCGAUUGCUUGGAAAUCCUUUAAUUUAUGCGUAUCACAGCGGGGAGUUUCGGAAAGAACUGGUUCGAUUGCUUUUCAAAAGAAACCCUAAAAAUUAACCCUAUAAAUAAUCAAUUACAACCACGACCAGUGGUAGUGAGAGUUUGCUGUCUCAAAAAUUAUAAAAAAAAAUACAGAAAAACCCACCAUAGAACAUAACUUAUUGAUAAGCAUUUUAUAGUUAUGCACUGAUUGUUAGAUGACAAAAAGUGAAACCUGAGGGCAAAUAUACUUGGACCUAUAGCCAAGUGAGAAACUGUUGUAUAGCCAAGUGAUAAUUCUGUUUUUGAUUAGUUUGCCAAUUUCCGUUCUAAUCAUGGAGGUCAGCAAUUUUUACAGUUAAUUAUCUUUAUUUUAUAAUUUUAUAGCUUUUAUGACAAAUGCUAAUAGUAUUUAUACAGCAGGUGUACUGGGCACCAAUGACACAGAGGCAAACAUGUACUGUAUAAUUAUUGCCCCAAGACUAUCCCCUUUAAAUUCUGUACGGUAUUUUAUUCAGUAACAGAUAAGCACGCUAAGUCAGUAAGUAACUGGAAGGCAAGCUAGGGACGCAAAUUUUAGCGGCCAAAUAUAAUACUUCGUGGGUGAACACAGUGCCACAUUCUAUAACCCAGCCGCUAAAGAUAAUCCUACGACAGUAAACACCAAGGGCCACGAACUAGAAAACAAAAUUAUGGAGAUAAAUUAAGAAAUGAAAAAAAUCAUUUGGAGACAAAAGGACGUGUUCUACCAUCUUCUUGUUUGUCAAAUUUAAUGACCGACUUGGAAGAGAAGGAUUUGCUGCUUGACCUUUUGGGAACUCAUUUGACAAGAAUUGGACAUCACUUUUACGUCCACGGUUAAAUAAAUCUCUUCAGCUCCCGUUUGUAUGAAAAAAGGUGACGUUUUUCAUUUAGGGUGAUAUUUAUUGUAUUCCACAGUCGACUUCUAGUUGCUUUGUGUGACAAUCUCGGAUAUUUUUUAAGGGACUAUUGUUAACAAUGGUCGUAGAAAUACCAUCUUCCAAAGCAAACGACACUAACUCGACUGGAUCAUCAACUUUUCACAAGAGCUCAAUAUUUCUUCUUAUACGUUCAUACGAGGAUGCAAGAAACGUGCUCAUGUUCAUUCUUACGAUAAGUGCAGUUGUUAUCAUCUUGGGAAUUAUUGUAAAUUCCGUCAUUUCUUAUCUGAUGCUACGGAAAAAACGUUAUAAUAGAAACGGUUCCAAUUUCUUUAUCAUACAUUUGUGCAUGGUUGAGCUCCUCUACCGCUUUCUCGUCUUUCCCAUCAUUGUAAUAUUUGCCAUUCCGGCAAUAGGAAUAACAGACAUCCAGUGCAAAGCUAUAGCGUUCUUUUCAAAGACAUGCUCUACUGUCAUAUUUGGCAGCUUGGUUGCUAUAGCUAUAGACAGGUACCAAAACAUUGUACACCCUUUGCAAAAAUUAAAGUCAAGGAGAAAGCCUGUUUUACUUGUUUCCCUUCUUUGGCUGUGUGCUACGGUUCUGUCGUGCCCAUUUGUGGCCAGCGUGGAGAGCAUUUCUGUUCUGGAGAUUCCCGAGGCCCGCGGGAUGUCGUGCAACGAAUGCGCUCACCAGAAAAUUUGUGAUAUUCCACAAAAUGUGCUGGGUCACUCGUCGACCACCUUGUAUUUUCUUUGUGCAUUUGUCGUUCCGUUGAUGAUCAUAUCCGUGUUGUACAUCAAAGUCGCUAUCUUUCUGCAUCAAAGAAGCAAUAAUGGAAUGAUGAACAGAGUGGCGGCGAGAUCAAGGACUAAAGCAGUGCGAAUGCUUGUUUUAAUUGUACUAGGAUAUGUCUUCUCUCUUGGACCAUCCGUUUUUUUAGCAAUGUUAAGAUCCUUUGGUGUCCUUAACAACCUGUCUUUUGAUGUUAUGUUGUUGGUCAGUUGGAUCGCGGAAUUUGCAGCCUUUACAAGUUCGCUUGGAAACCCUAUAAUUUACGCAUAUUACAAUGGGGACUUUCGGAAAGAACUUGUGCGACUGUUUCCCAAAAGAGGAACAAAAAAGGUUGAUUCUUGCACAUUAACAUUGACAAAUACUAAAAAAAGUAGUGAUACCUUGCCGCGAGCACUCUAGUUGGAAAUGACAGUGUGAUCACCAAUUUGGGUUGGAGUUGUAGUUGUUUUUCACAUGGACAUAUGCAUCAGGAAACCGGACGUAUGCGAAUUGAUGCACCAUUAAAAACAUAAAGACAGCUAAAAAACUUUUUUAUGUGAUGUGGAACCAGUCCAAAAAGCUAAGAUAUUCUUUUUAACUUUUAUCUCUAGUUUAGUUUAAAACAGUUAUCUUUGGAGAUGGUAAUUUGCGCUAAUUUUUGCUGCCAUUAUCGUGCCCUUUUAUGGACAGAAAAGGAAUUAUAUAUAGAAGCACACGGUAAGGUUAAUAAAACUUCAUGUAAAGUUUGUGAUGAUGAUAAAAUGUUUAUUAUUUAAUUAUCCCUGAGUCAGAAUUUUAAUAGUUCAAAACUAACAUACUAAUACUAUUUCAAAAACGAGUGUGAGGGUUUCAUCAGGUUUCCAAACGCAAGAAAACGUUUGAGACCAGGAGGUUGCAGGUCUGAAACCCGAAGCACAAGUUUUUGAAAUUACUUCGCCAACGCAGAAAAUUAGUAGAAAUUAUCAUUUUAUUCGAGGCGUGGAUUGUAAACCUGUCACCUACUUGAUGCUUGCUGGUGUGUGAUAUUAGAGAGAUCAAGCAUCGCGUUUUGUUUACGCGGACGGGAAACGCGAAAUUGUACCACGUGACGAAGUUUCUAGCCUGAAUUUCAUCCGAUUACUUCAAGUCGUUAUUACUCCCUCAGUAACGUCUGAAUCGACAAGCCGUUAAUGCUGUCCAGUGACGUCACUACUCCUUGACCUUUGCUUUAAUUCAUGCAAAAAGUAAAACACGAUUUUCAAGUGGCAAACCGAGAAAUAUCAUUUGGAAAUGUCUGCAUGAUACAGAACUGCUUUAUUUUUUUCGAUCGUAAUUCAUGUUUAAAGUUCAAACUAUCAACUGCAUGCAGUACAACGCUGAACCGGUUGUACUGAAUUCUAUAAUCAAAGUCGGUCGCAAUCACGCAAUGAAAUGAACACACACACACACGAAACACUUAGUUCAAAAACAUAAUGAUUUGCUUUGAUUGAAAAGAAGCUAUUUGGUCCUUGACGAAGAAAAAACAAGGAAAAAAGAAAGGAAAGCUAACAGAAUCAUUACACUUGACGGUGAAAACAGCAAGAAGGUCGAAUUAUAACACUGAUCUCAGAAAACUUCGCGCAAACAAAAUCACCGGCCGCCGAAACCGUAAAGCGGCUCUAAAUGAAAAACCUACCGACUCUCCGCAAUGAUUCUUCAUUCGCCGUUCAAUUUAGCAUUUCAGUUUCGCAGACAAGGGCAAUUUUGCUGUUUAAGAUAAAGAUUAAGCUUAUUGAAAUGUUUGAACUUCAAGAAAGAAUGCCAGGGAUGCGAUCAGCUGAAUAUCAAGCGCCAAUACCGCUAAAUUUUUUCAUAAUUAUACAUAAUUAUGCGAAUGUUUAGACAAUCAACCAAUCAAAAUCACUUCCCGGUUUUCGGGUACUGAGUGACGUCACUGGACGGCGUUAACGGCCCGUCGAUUCAGACGUUGUUGAGAGGAGAAAACGACUAGAAGCAAUCGGAUGAAUUUCAGGCUACGAAGUUUCCCCUUUAUUUGUCGUUUACUGUUCCUUAUAAUUGCACGAGAAAAUCGAUAGAUUCACGCCAAUUCUAUCCAUAAGAAUUGUUUUAAUAACGGUUUUUGUCUACUCAUUUCUCAUUUUGAAAAUUUCUCCUCUUGAAUCUCACGUUUGCCGUAAACACUCUAGUAUUUCAUUAGACUUUCUAAAUUAAAGUUCUUUUUUUUUUUUCUGGUUGUUUAUGCCUGUUUGGAGCGAAAUUCACCGGUCGAAAGUGCUACCGUUGACGUCAUGACAAUUGACCAAUAGAUCGUUUUCACUGUCACGCAACAAAAAAAUAAAUUGGAAACCGUCCAGUGGAAGAAGCCAAGAAAAUGAGAUGUUAUAAAAGACUAAGGUAUAAAUAAUUUGUCCGAGUCUCAGGUCUUUGUGGCCCACAGUUUCUGAGUUAUUUGCCGAAACGUUUCACGCACCUUUGUAGAGCUCUGUAUGGAGACGCCAUAUUGGUGCACCAAAAUGGCCGCCAAAAAUCAACAAAAACAUCUGGAGUUCACUUCUCGAUCGUAAAACCUCGGUAUUUUGACUUCACAAUUUGAUGACGUCAUUGUGAAAACCAUCUGUAGCACAGUGAGUGACAUUUUACGCCGCUCCCGACACAGCAUAUGUCGAUCAUUUUUUCCCGCGUGAAUUUAUUGCGUUCGACGAAGGAGAACACUUACUAUUCGUGUACCGUACAUGAUGUAGUAACCGUUCCGUAUGCCAUGCGAUUUCACGGUUUGGACGCCAUCUUGGAUCUUGGGCUGGCCUGGCACAUUUUGCCUCGAUGUCAUGUGAUCAGUUUUUCGCGCCCGGGAGAAGGUAUCUAUUUUCUGACACUCGUUCGCAGAUGAAACGUUGGUGAUUUUCUGUUUACUACAGUUUUGUUUAUAGUUUCGCAGUUUUCUAUUAAGUUUCUUUUUAUAAAGGAAAAUUUCCAUUCUAAGAUAAUCGGAUGUGUAGAUGUUAUGUUAACAAUGUGUCCUGCACACUGUAUUUGUUUUUAUGAAUUCAAGCAAGAUCAGCUUAGAUCGACCAGAUUUAAUUCGAUUACAAAUUACUGAACAUCUUUUCGCUUUUAAAAGAUAUUUACAGCGUUGUAUUUGCUUUUGUUUGUCACCAUUUUUGAAAAAUAUACAAGAAGUUGAACAGUGAAACGUUGACCUUUUUAUCUCACUAAUUCCGGGUGCGUAAUGUAUUUUGAAAACAGUGCUAUUGUGAGUCGUGUUAGCCUAGUGUCACACAACAAGAGUUUAGAGUGAUACGCGACGCUUAAACUUUUCAUAUAACUUUAAUUUUCUGUAUCCCAAUUUUUAGCCAAUUUUAUUGACCAUUCUAUAGUGCAAAAGAAUAUCCUUAGCCAAGUAAAUAUUAAAAGUACAGUACGCUCUUGCAUUUUUGAGGAAAAACGAGUUGAAUUGUUAAUUUAAUUGCUAAGUGGGAGGAUAAACAAUUAUAACACUGAUAGAGGCAGCUGCUGAUAUUCAUAUUGAUAAAAGCGUUUGAUUUUGAUUUCUCAACAUUACAAGCCAUUAGAGCCAUAAUGGUCCCUUUAUGGCUCUUGCACAAGCCCAUCAGGUUUUGCACCCCCUUCCCACUACCACUCACUAUCCACCCACCCCCCCCCCGAACCCUCCUCCAUCGAACGCAAUUAUUAUUUAGUAAUUGAUUUUUUAAAAAACUAGUAAAAUAUUACUUAACCUCAAGACUUCGUCGCUCGCUCGGUCGCUGCGCGACCUCAUGCAUUGAGGUUUCCUUCGCCCACUUUUAAGAACUUAUGAGAGGUCGACUCAACUUGUAGCAAGUCAAGUAUUUCAUUUGCAUUCAAGGUCAUGUUGUUACUUAGCUGUUUAGGACUUCUGAGCAAACACGUCGCUUCGCAAUACAGAUGGCAGAGUGCAGAUUUAGACGUCUUGAAACUUGUGAAGAAGAAGAAACGUGUUUCGUUAGUGCUACUGAUAUGAAAGCAAAUGGGCAGCUGGUAUAUAUGAUGAUUGGCGGAGAGCUAGAUUUCCAAAAGUUGCAACGUUGGAACCGGGCGGUCUCUUUAAACAUUAUGAUCUGCACAAAGUUCAGUCCUUUUGGAAGUUUCUUUAGUUCAAAUGGACGCUUUAAGCCUUAAUUACUGGCUGACAAAGUUUAUCCAAGACGUUGCCAAACUGUCAAAGGAAAGAUAUCCAGCCAAUGGAAACGUAAUACCAGAUUGGAGUACAAAUCAGCUAACACCAUUUGUGUCUGCAAAAGGCCUUGUCAAAAACCAAUCGUUCCCUUCACUCAUACAAUAUGAAUCAAUAAACUUUAAUACACGUCUGGACUAUAUAAAUGGAAAUAAAACAAGGAUAAGAGUUUUAUGGAGUAUUUCACUUUUAACAAAGGUUCAAUGAGAAAAAUGGAAUGAGGCUCACUUUUUCUUUUUGAAAAUCUUUCAAGGAAACGGCAACAAGAAGAACAGACAGAAAAGAGUGAAUUUUUAUUUUAGUAACGAGUUUUCAGGAAAAAAAAAGUAUUGACGGCUCAAACAAUUUUCCCGCCGGCUGACAAAGCAGCCGGAGCUAAGCUGGACGAUUGACUUACAACGGUUUUCUGUGCACAGAAGAAGGUUAAUUUAUACACCCGAAAUAUUUGCUUAUUCUAAGAUAUUUAUGACACCUACUUUCAAUUUUUUAAAUUAUCAUCCUAUAAGCUAUCUUUCCGCAAGUGUCACACAUAACAAACAGUUCAUUUCCGCUCACCAUUCGAAAUUACAGUAUGUAAAAUAACCUAAAGAUGGCCGAGGUCUUUCUUACGCAAUUGCAAUUGAAAGCACUUGUAUGCCGGAUUAUUUUCACUAUUAGUUCCAACGAGCAAAGAUUUUACCUAAGCGCGCGGGCUGUUCAAUUUGUUUAGAAAUGUCAUGAAUUACCGUAAUUUACGAAAAAUAGUUCGAACUCAAUUCGAUUGCAUAAAGGAAAUUUACCUUCAAAAAAGUGAACUAAGGGCCUGUUUACAUGGAGGUGGGGGACCCCAGGUAGGUGAGGUAACCCGCCUGUCCAUAUAAUCUCCCAUUUUCAUUUGAUCACGUUUACCUAAAAUAGGAGUUUACCCGCCAUAGAGGGUAACCCGGUCUGGAACAGACCGGGUUACCCUCUCAGCCGGGGUCAAGAAAAUUGUCAUUUUAAACGUUUCAUUAAACUUAACCCGCCAUGGCAGGGGUCGGAUUCGUGAUUUUCAUCAAAUUCGCGCAAAAUUCAUUUAUUAGUGUCUUUUGCAUUAUGAUUAAAGUUAACAAUAAAAAACCUGAUGAAUUUUUACGGGUUAAAAUAAAGAUUUGAGAUUUGAGUUUGAAAAGUGUCAUUAAUCGCAAAAACUUCGUGGUUUGCCAUUCGCAUUUUUCUUGUUUAACCUAAAGAUGGCUUAGGACCAUUCAAUAAUCUUACAAAAGUGCACCCCGGGAUUAUUUUCGCCGUUAGUUCCAACGAUUUUAUGUAAACGCGGGUUAUUUUUUUGUUUCAAAUGUCAUGAAUUACCGUAAUUGACCUAAAAUGUUCGAACCCCACCUCCAAAUUUAAAAAAAGGCCCUAAACUGUUCUACUGCAUAAAGAAUUUGAAAUCCCGACUUUACAUGAUAAAUUUUUCGAGAUAUUGAAUAAGUGCAUGGAAAUGAAUCCACCCGACGGUUGGUUAAAGACGGGAUGAGCACGAGCUAGCACGUGACUCACAAACACGCACACGGCUUGUGGGUUCUCUUUUCUGUGUCACCUGUUCGUCACCUGUUCAUCCUCUAUCGUCAUAUUCUAUAUUACGUCACGAAAGUUACCUUAUGUUACAUUUGUAAUACAUUUAAACACAGAUUUUGCCUUCGCGCAAUGUUGGUAACCUCGAAGCACCCCAGGACAUUACAUAGACAAUCGGCUAGAAGUCUCUCGAGAGUCCUUUUGCCUAUUUAAGCCAGUUAUCCGUCUUUUCGGUCUCUUUUGCCAACUAACGCCGUUGUUAGCCGAGUUAUAAUUUUUGGCCCUCCCACCUCCCCUUAGGCGACACGUAUGCCCUUCUCCUUCCUCUGUUUUACGACCCUCUGCCUUUGCAAAAUCUUCGUAUGCGUCUUCGGUGUGCUAUAAUUGCUUUAAUGCGCCCAUUCACGUGGUUCAGUGACAUAGAAACGGCAAUUUUAAGUCUCGACUGUAAAUUACAAAAGUUCUGUGGCGCUUGAGAAAAACCUAAUAUGCUUAUUGCUGGUUUUUAUUUAAACGACUUUACAUCCCAGUGACAGCCGGCUCUAUACUGCACUUUGUUAGUUGAAAUUGAUAAUUUUUCGUGCCUCGUGUUGAAAAUACUUUCGAUAAAAUACUUUUGCCUGAGUGAUCUUUUACAAAUCAGAACGAUAGGUCCUUCCUUUAUCUGAAAGCAUUUAUCUUGAAGUUCGGCGAUAAUUGGUUUGUAUCUAUAAAUUCAUUUGUACCUUACGUCCAAAUUCCUCAAAACAAUUAAUGACAAAAUGAUUCCAAGUUCCUGUUCUGGUAAGUGAAAAAAAAAUAUGACGAGGACAAUUAUGUUGGGCUUGUUAUUAGUGCUUUCUUACUGGUUCUCUGUAUUUGUUGGUUUUAGUGCUCUAACUUCUAUUUUUUUUUCUGAAAAGUAAUUUUGGUUAUGGUUAAAUUUCACUGGUGGAUUUAACAUUAAAAGUUUUUAAUUCUAUAAUUGGAGGAAGUGUGAUAGCCAUUUUUGACGUGCUUUUAAUUAAACGAGUUCUAAGGAGUUUUAAUUUUGACCUGACGUUUAAGAAGUUCAUAGCUGGUGAGCUCCUGGUUUAAAAAACCAUCUGCUUUGUUGGAACUUGUUAUCAUCAACAACAUUUUGAUAUCUUUACAAAAAAAUAUAUAACGUUGAAAGCCAUAUUUUCAGGUUUCUAGGUGGGAGAAGAUAGCGUCGUCCUUUGGUGAUUAAUUUGGUGCGCAUGCCUGUGAAAUGAACUGAAAAGUCAGAAAGUCAGAAACGUUGCGUUUUGAACCCAGUAGAGUGGAUCUUUUCAUCUUUGUCUCGAUCUCAGCAAUGUCGUUGAAGUGUAAUAACUCAAGUUUCACAUCCGAAAGUGACAAUCACUCUUGCCUGGUAGUCACAAUGAUCCGUUAUGACAGAGAAGAAAGAUACUCGUUCUCGACUUUUCUUCCCAUAAACGUCCUGCUCAUUGUUUUGGAGAUCAUCGUAAACUUAGCCAUCUGCUUCGUUAUGAUUCGUAAAAACCGAUACCGAAGAAAUACGUCAAAUCUUUUCAUUUUGCAUCUCUCCGUGACUGAACUGGUUUACAGGCUACUUAUCUUUCCCGUCGUUAUUUAUAUUACAGUUCAAACAUCGGCAGUGAGCAGCGUCCAUUGCAAGUUGAUUUCUUUCAUAUCCGAGACCUGCGGCUCUGCUAUACUGGUUAGCCUGGUUGCCAUAGCUAUCGAUAGGUACCAGCACAUAGUACAUUCUCUCGGCAGUUUCAAGUCAAAGAAGAAGACGUUUUUCCGGGUUUCAUUGGUUUGGCUGUAUGCUUCAAUCAUAUCAAUUCCCUAUGCUAUAAGCGUUGAGAGCAUUUCGGACUCAAAAAUCCCUGAAACUCAGGGUACGCGGUGUACCAAUUGUACAGUCAGGAAACUGUGUGAUAUUCCACAAAAUUUGAUAGGUCAACUUUCAGUCAUUUUAUAUUUUUUGUUGGCAUUUGCCUUGCCUGUAGCUGCUGUGGGAUUAUUGUACUCAAAAAUAGUUGUGUCUUUGCGUAGAAGACGCAACAAUGGAAUUAUGCACAAAGUUGCUGCGAGAUCAAAACGCAAAGCAGUUCGUAUGCUCAUGAUCACCGUAUCUGGAUAUGUUUUAUCAGUUGGCCCCGCCGUUGUUUUUGCCAUGUUGAGAUCUUUUGGCAUUUUCAACAAUGCCUCCUUUGAAGUCAUAUUAAUCGCUAACGAACUUGUAGGACUUGCAACAUAUACAAGCUCACUGGGAAAUCCAUUAAUUUAUGGUUACUACAACAAGGACUUUAGACGUGAACUAUCUCGGCUGUUCUGUAAAAGAAAGGAUACAAAUGUACGCAAGCAAACUACUACAUUCAACAACUGUAAUCGGAAAACCGCCGAAUAGACUAGUGUGAGUGUUCAAAUACUUCACUUCGUGUAUCUUGUAGAACUUGCAGCAUACACAAGCUCUCAUUGGGAAAUGCAUUAUAGCUUAUGGCUAUUUCCAAUCGGUUGUUUUGCCUAACAAAGGCUGAAAAUGUACGUAUCUGCAAAAGUUACAUUUAACACAUCUCAUAAGAAUGCCAGUCCUUAGUUCUCAAAUAUAAUCGCACUUUUUGGUCAUUUCUAGGUUGGGCCGGGUAAAGUUGUAAAAUUUUUUUCCACUUGGACCACGCAUUGGGAACAAGGAGUUAUUUUUUCCUUAAAAAGGAACAACUGCCGAAAAAUUAUGAACUUGUAUUCUGAGGACGCCAGACCAGAUUCAGUUUCCGCUUCUCUCGAAAGUGUCUGCAAAAUAGUUUAACAUACUUCACAAAGAUUAAGAAGCAAGUAGGCAUAUUCAAUCCUAGAAGCUACUAUGAUGAAAUAUCUGUAAAAUUAAACGAAACGCAGUGGAAAGGCAUAAAUUGUUAUAAUCUUAAUGUUCAAAUUUUCAAGUAAGUGAAAUUAAUAACUUCCUAUGGAAAUAUAGUACAAAUAAAAGUUAAUAAUCAAACGAUCUACUGUAAAUGAACUCGUGGAAAUCCUGAUUUAUAGGCCAUAAUAUAGCGAACUCUAAUCAGCCUAAUGUCUUCCCGAAAUUCUCAGAUCGCGUGAGCUUUUAGAAUUCGCUAAAUUCAUAGAGCAAGCUGGGCCAUGUUUUUUGCAAAGGUUUCUUAGUUUGCUAAGUAGAAUCCAUUAGAAUUGUGUCCUCUAAAAAGUCUUUUAAGUCGUUAAACCAGUAAAAGUGUCUUAAUGCUUUUAAUGUCCUAUCAGGGGAGUGUGGAUUGGGAACUAAUCCGAAACAUGUGUCUAUCGGUCUUUUCAGUCGGACUCCGCAGCCUUUGUUUUAAAUUAAAGUAGGCUUAUGUUUGGAGGCGACAUUGAAAACUCUGUAUAAUAUUUACAGGUGGGCGGUUUCUCCAUGGAAUCCGUGUUCCAAGACCUGUGGACCGGGCCUGCAAUAUCGUUCAGUUCGCUGCUUACAUCAAGCCCCAGAUGGUACCAUUGGUGUGAGCCCCAGCCGUUUGUGCACCAGUGACAAACCUUCAGGUGUCCAAAAUUGUAUCAGGAAAGCGUGCCACCUUGGGUGGGUGGCGGAUCCGUGGUCACAAGUAAGUGGUUGAUUUGUCGAUCACUGACGCUAGUAAAUGUUAUCUAAAUUAUUUUUAAAAUGAUCUUGCAAAGGUUCAAGUAACUUAUUGUUCUAUUCCUACUAUCCUUUCCAAACAGGAAAGGUAUUUUAGUCGAAGCGGUUGAUAAUUGUUUUAGACAUGUUAACUCGUUCCCUCCCGAUUAUCUUGACUGCUUUCACUGAGUUCUUUGCUUUUUUAACGGGGCGGGGUUUGGGGUGAUUUACAACGUUCCAAAUGUUGUUAUGCUACAUAUACGUUGAUGGAACAGGCCAUGGAUUUCUGUACGGUGUUACGGAGAUCUUUGCAUGUUCACGUGAACUUUUCUGCUUCUGACAAAUUUCCGGUAACAGGUGGAAACCGCAAGAAAAGCUUCAGUGGAAGACUUCACUCCACCCAUGUCACAGUUAUCAUUCGAUUCAUCUUGAUUUGACGUUGCCUUUAUUGAGCCGUGAAACUGCUACGUGAAAAGAUAACAUUUUUGCCCAACUGACAGUAGAGCAGGAUGGUGGAGUACUUACCACAAGUGUAUACUUAUUGAACAGAGGAAAAAUUAUUCUAUAAAACAGGGAGAUGAGUUGUUAUUUACAAUCACUUUAUGUCACUUUAGUGCCAUGGCCUUUGUGGUUUGGGAUAUAACCUAAGAAAAGUACGCUGUCCUGUCGAAGGGAAAUGUGCCCAGUGGAAGAGACCUGUUUCAAGAAAACCCUGCUUUAAAAGGCCUUGUUACCACUGGACCACCGGCGAAUGGGGCAGUGUAAGUAAAAGCCCUUCAUAUUCAAAAAACAAGAUAUAAUGCUAAAAAUUAAAAUGUUUUCCGGUCCCAGCGUUAUCUCAGGCGGUAGGGCAAUGCAAGGAAUUCGAGUUGUUGGACUCCUGGUUGGAAUAUCUUAUGCUAACCGUCCUGUAAUUGACCUUACUUUCGAUUGGUCUGUGGAGUAAGACGAUGUGGUUUUAACUCCCGCGGAGUUGGUAUUCAGGUUCUGAUAAAGACACGCCUUUGUCUCUCGAACAGGUAAACCUUAGCGCCCUUCGGAUCAUCAUAAUUAUAUAAAUAACACCGGUACCUUCAGCAAGGUGCAUUAAUACAGAUUCUUUCAUUAGUAUUUCAUACUACGUCUUAAUGCAUUUGCACUUGAAUGAGAUGGUAUUGUCCCUUCCUCUUUGUCCUCAACAGUGUUCUGCUGGGUGUGGUCUGGGAAAGCAAAGACGAACAGUGUUUUGUGUAAACAAGUUAAAUGGAAAAACCAGUAGCGCUUGUGACACAGGAUCAAAACCAGCGUCAUCCCGAAAAUGUAAAAUCAAGGAUUGCAGCAAAAUAGGUUGGUAUUGCAUUGGCACCAUUAGUAGUUCAUUUGCUGGAGAAUCCAUAAAGAGAUUCUUAACACUUUUUUGCUAAUUUUGGCCUCCUUUUACCCUAAAAUUUAAUUAUACAAUACAAUGGGUGAAGACUUCUUGCAGGUCUACAAAAUCAACGUUUCAUUAACCGAAAUGAAUGAUCUAAGUUGAUGGUCAUGGACACGUUCUAAAAUAACGGGUCACGAUGAAAAUUAACAUUACGCAUCUGUGAUGUGAAAUUAUGACGUUGUUUUGUGAAAUUAAGUGGUCUGAGAUGCCAUCACAACUGUACGGAUCAUUCUCAUGUAGCAUAGACAAGAGACGUCUUUUCCUCAGAAUAACUGGUCAACACAAUGAACUCUAUGGUUUGCCGGGGAUCUAGACUGCGCAUGUGUUCAAAGGUUCUCUCGGAUAGGUCUUUCUUUCUGGACUAAUUGUGUUAGUCAUUUCAGCCUUUACCUUGCUUUGCCACCUUCAUAUCCACUAGUUAACGUUUGCCUCGGUCCACAUAAAACAAGUAUCACCGAAGCAGUGUUAAUUGCGUAAGAAAACCAACAUAACAUGUAAAUGGCCACUCAAGAUCAAACUUUGGCUGUCUGAUUUUACAGAUUUGGUGUCAGAGACCGUUUGCAACAAAGACAAAUACAACAGAAAGCAGUGUCAAACAAUAGUAAAGUAUAACCUCUGCACGACCAGAGUGUGGCUGCAACUUUGUUGCAAGACAUGUCAAGAUGCCAGGCGACUAUGAUGACUGAGGACGACAGUUAUAAUUUGAAGUAAAUUAGAAUUAAAUCAGUGUUCCAAGAAGCAGGGCGAGGGGCAUUUUCGUAGGCAUUCCAGCCCACUAGAGGUGAGGAAUUUGUCGGAGAUGCCAGUUGAAAUGUCAUUCCUUAUUCUCAAAUGGUAAGAUUUCUUGACGGGCUAAUCUUCCUGGUGUUCGCUGUUAUUUUUUGUUAAAAGUUCAACCCAUUUCUCAGCUGUUUCUUCAGCCCAUUGUUUAGCAGUGACUGUUGCAGUACAGCAUCGUCUAUAUUAGAGUUUAAAAAACUGGGUCUUCAAUAUCUCUUCUCCUCAAAUGUUUCUCCACUUUCUGAAGUGACUAUUGCUCUGCGCUAGAUAAUUAUCAAAAACC